CUUCUCUUACAGAGAAAGCGCCUUUCAGCCGAAGCUGCCCGCCCACCCAUCCACACCCCGCCUCUGCCCGCUCGCUCCGACAUCUUCGCUCGGCUUUCCCCCCACUAGUCCGGAGCGAGCUUCAGCUCGAGCGCGUUGUUUUGUGUGGGGAGGGGGAGGAGGAGGGGGAAAAGAGAGGCAGGGCUCUCUAGGGCGGGGAGCGCAAUACCACCACCACCCAACCCCGGGGAAGGCGACCUGAAGGAAAGGGAGUGAAGGGGGUUGAGGAGGGGGGGGCGUGUGCGUGUUUGUGUGUGCGCGCGCCCGCCCUGAGGGGAGGGGGGCUGGGACUCUUUGUCUCGGCGGAGGGAUCGCGUUCUCUACCCCGCCCGCUCUCUCUCUCGCUCGCGCCCGAAGCUGGCUGGCUGGCUGGCUGACGAGAGAGGCAGCAGCAGCAGCAGCAGCAGCGCUUGGGUUGGCGGCGGGUUUUGGUGCGAGUUGUUGUUUCCUCCUCCUGCUGCCGCCGCCGCUGCUACUGCCGCCCGGGGCUUGAAUGGUGGAGCCGAGCGCCUCGCUGCUGCGGCUGUUGCCGCCGAACAAACAGUGACAGCUCCCGGGCGAGCGCCGUCGUCGUCUUCGGCUCGCAGGGCCCCGCCGCCGGGGGAGCUCGGCCUCAGCCAGCCGGGCUCCUCUCGCUCGCCAUGUCCGGGGACGGCGGCGGCGGCGGGAGCAACAACAGCGGCAGGCACUCGGCGGAGCUGCGAGCGGGUAAGUGAGGGGCCGGGCUGCUGCCGCCUCCUCCUCCAAGGCCGUGUUUCUCUCCCCCCCCCUCACGGCGCGUGUUCGCCUUUCUCAACCCCCCCGUUUUCGCCCUUCUUCCCACCCCCCCUGCAGAGCUCUAUUUCCUCAUCGCCCGCUUUCUGGAGAACGGACCCUGCGAGGAAGCGGCUCAGGUAAGCGCGCUGGCGCCGGGGUCUGGGCCUGCGGGGUGGGCUGCCGCCGCCUCUUCCUCCGGUUUCUGACGGCCCUCCUUCCGCUCCUCUUUUGUUGCUCCCGCAGGUCCUGAUCCGAGAAGUCGCCGAGAAGGAGGUAAGCGCUGCGAGCGCCUUCCAGCCCGGCGCUCUCCAUCCGCCUCAGCGCCGGCGGCUGCAACGGCCUCGCCUCCUCCCCUCCCCUUUCCUCCGCCAUCCCGGGCGGGCGGGCGCUGCUGGGGCGUCGGGAGGGGGGUGGGGUGGGGGGGCGGCUAGUAGCCCUCGGUGACCGGGGGUGUGUGUCUUUUUUUCUCCCCCCAGUUGCUUCCUAAGCGCACGGACUGGACGGGGAAGGAGCAUCCCAGGAGCUACGAGAGCCUAGUAAGAGAAGCGGCCGGUCGGCGUGGUUGCGAUGUGAUGUACUAGGGAAAGUUUGUGAGCAGCCCUUUAAAAAUUGAAUUUCCCGCAAUUUUUUUUUAAAGCAACUUAAAAAAAAAAAUAGGGGCCAGUUUUUAAGCUCCCGGUUUUUGCUUCCUGGACGUGGCGGUGUGUGUUGUUUAUAAGAAAGCAGAUGGUGCCUCCGAAGUCAGAAAUCUGGGGUCCCCGAGUUAGGGUAAAUAAUAAUAAUCCUACUAAUGCGAGAGCCCUAGAGUCACUAUGCUAGAAAUAAAGGUACGUCAUGGAUGUUGUGCGGGGAAAGCGAGAGAACAGGGAGGGGAGGAGCGAGCAGGAACUGCUUGCGAGAGGCAGGCAGGCCUGUAGGAGAUGGGGGCGCUCUAUUCCAUGCAGUCUCGCUUCACAUACACAAUGGGGCUGAGCAGAUAUUGAGCAACUGUAAGCAGGCUUUAUUCAGGGAAGCCCCACAACUUCCUUAAGCUUUUAUCUUUUGCUUGGAACAUAACUAAUAAAAGCUGCUUUGUGGUUGUAGUCUCAGUCAGUAUAUGCAUACAGUAAUCUGCUCUUUGUGUCCGAGUUCUGGUAAUGUGGAAUUUCAGAGCAGAAUGUUAGUUUUAAAUAGAGUUCUGUUAGGCAGUGGCAACUUUGUGGACUAGCGUGCUGUUUUAUGGAACAAUUAUUGUACGUUCAUAUAUCACUUUGGUUGCAGAAUUUGUUUUUUUCUGUCCUGCGUGUCAUUCUGCUUGUCAGUUUUAGGUGGGCUUUGUUUUCUACUCUUGAUUGAAGGAGUGCUUGCUUUAAAACAAGUCAGGCUAAACUAGAAGAGACACUCAGAUCUGGGUUUUUUUGGGGAGGAAGUUCAAAGUAGCAUUUAAGAUGCCUCCAGGAUAUAUUUUACUGCCCACCCUUUUCAGGCCAAGUAGCAGGUGGGUGAAGAGUUGUAGAUCAGGAAAACAGUACAGAAGUGAGAGCUUGAACAUCUUUUCUAGCAAUUUCACUCCUUCACAUAGCUGCUUGUAAAAUGUGUGAGAGAGAAAUCUGUGAGAACUUUGAUCAUUUAGCCUUCAGUGGUUUUACUGGUUGUGUCUAAAUCAAUAUUUCUCAAACUUCUAAUAGUUAGGACACACUUUUUAUGAGCUAAAAUUUGAAUUGUGCCAUCAUUUGUACACUCCCCAAACCACACUUUCAUAGUAUAUUGGAAUAAGAAUUAUCCACUUAAAGAACUGUUCAUCUUGUGUGUUUAUUUGAGUGAGUGAUCUGGCCAUGCCUCCCUGACUGAAAGCAAGCAGGGCCAGAACAGUGACUCAUACAGGACAGGCACAGCUAGCUGCAACAUCCAAGGGCAGGUAGUUCUGCUUUGUUUCUCAGCAGGAGUGACUGAAUGAUAAUCACACCCAAAAUUUUCAGUGCCUGGUGAAGUCUUUAUUACAAGGGCAUAAGGCCAAACCAGUAAAUUAUGCAGAGUUGCAGUGGUCUGCCUCUUUUCUGAGUGGGUACUAUUGGCUCACAGAAGCUUUUAAAGUAUUUUUGACAUUCUAACAGUUUCUCAUCCAAUGCCAGUUUUGGCAUGGUCCUGAAUAUUUUUAAUAUGCUAGUAGUUUAGAUCAAUAAGCUGGAAAUGUUUAGUGAACAAUAAAUGACUUGUUUUAAAGUCAAUCUUUGGCUUUACUUGCAUGCUAAACUACUACAGUUGGAAUGUUCUUUAUACAUCCAUUGCAGCAUGUGAGUGAUAUCCCUGGAGAGAUAGCUCUCGAGUGCUUAUGUUUUCCAGUGUUGUUAAUACUUGAAUGAGGCACAAAGGCACAUGGAAGGCAGCAGUGUCUUUGGAAAGUAAAGUUUAUGUAUAAUCACCUUAUUUUUUUAAAAAAAUAAACAAGUAUGAAGUCCUGGAUUUUUUUUUAUUUGUUGGCUCCCCCCCCAAAAAAAGUUAUGAAGCCAGAAAUGCCUCUAGGCUCCUAGUUACCAGUACAACAGCAGACUUUUAUAACGGCACAACAUGAUUUGAGGUCAUGUUUGUAAAGUUCACUUUUCACAAAUUCCUAAAGUGCUUUGACUUGACGCUGAAAGAAGAGGUGAGGUGAGGAAUCAUAGGAGUGGACUUCUUAAAGAGGAAUCAAUACGCCUACGGUUAUUUAACUCUUCUUUCAGUACAGAAUUGAAGUGCUUUUAAGAAUUUGGACUCCAGCUCUUCUCAGUCGCAGCCAGCAUGGUUGGGGAUAAUGAGAGUUGUGCUCCAGCAGUAUAUGGAGGGCUCAGUUUCUCCAUCCCUGCUUUAGAUCAGUGUAACUUAAUUUUAAAUACUGUAGUGUUAAUGAAUUAACUGUUCUGCAUUCCCAAAGUUAUAUCCAUGUUGAACAUAAAAACGCUGAAUGAAAUUGCUUGUAUGUUUCACUUUCUAAGUCAACAGCCAAAUUCUGUAGUCUAACUAAGCAGAUUACUGGUACAUGGACUCUUAUUACAAGCAAAACAGUUACCACAUAUUCAGCCAGCAGUGCCCAGCUCUACCAGUAUGAAAUAGCAGAAUUAAAAUAGUGUUAAGCAAAAUUGACCUGUAACACACCUAUCUGCAUAAGUUCUCAAUCAUUCAUGUUGCAAUGAAACAGUUCUAGCAACACCAUAGAGAAGACACUGGUUGGGAUGCCUUGGUGCCAUUGCAGACAGCCAGUUAGAUAAUUCCCAAUCGUAGCCAGUGACCAGGACUGAAACCAUAGGUUAGAGUUUUACAAUAAUAAAUGAAGGACGAAAGUCCAAAUUCUAUUCUUCGUAAUUGAUGCCAUUUAUUUCUUAUUAAGGACGAUUUUUGCAUUGCUUAAUAAGAAGAAAACUCUGUGAUGUACAUAAUAAAAUUAUCAGCAAAACAGAUAAAAUAAACAAGAAGUUGUUAAACACACAUAGAUAACUAAAUUAUAUGUCUGGGUAGGCUUGCUGAAGUAAAGUUUGUCCCAUGCUCACUCUGGAUUUGAAGUUGAGCCCAGUUUAAUUUUUGUUACAGUGACAUUUGUGGAUACCUACAUUAAAAUACAUUAUUUCUACAUUGUAAAAGUGUGUGUGUGUGUGUGUGUGUGUGUGUGUGUGUUAGAGAAUGAAUGAGAAGGAGGAGGCACAGUCUUUCAAGAAAAAAUAGUGAGACUAAAGUGAAGGGUUAGUCAGUGGCUGAUGCAGUAUUGGGAUCUAAUCUGGCUCCUGAUAGACAUUGCAUUGAUUUUUUAAAAAAAUAGAAUAAUCUUAUAUUUAUUUUAAAUUGAGUAAUACAGAAGCAAGGAUGAAGUUAGCCUUUCCUUAUAAAUCUGAUACACACAUUACUAAUCACAUGAAUUCUUGCUAGCCUGUCUGUUUGCACAUACUACAUACUAAUUUGUGUCAUAUUAACUGCUUGAAGAAAUAAUCAGACCUUAAAAUUUUAAAAAAUAAAACCCCUUCCUUCUCUGACAAGGGUUAUUCUUAACUGUAGCAGGCAGUCUGACAAGUAAGUGUUGUCAACUCAAAUGAAUAAAUUCAGUAGUCAUUGGGAUUAGAAUCCUGUUUCUCAUUUGGAGACUUCCUAAACACCCUCAGCUUAUUCCUGGAUCCCUGAGGUUUUGGGUGAUGUUGUCCACCUUCAAACCAUAGCUCUGUGGGUAAAGCAUGUAGCUUAAGGCCUCAGGUUCGUGUGUGUCUGGAGACAAAUCUUGAAGACACUGGAGGGAGCUAUGCUGGUCAAUAUGUUUGGAUUUAACAAGUGAUCCAACACAGUAUUAUUGACUCCUUACACCAUUAGUCCCUUUCUUCCUCAUCUUUCCACUGCUGUCCACUUGUAUAGUCUUUUGGUUAAUUUCUUGUACAUGGCUAUCGUUUUCUAAAGGUUCUAGAUUCAGGUAGGUAGCCCUGUAAGGUCCAGUAGCACCUUAGAGACCAACUAAGUUUGUUCUUGGUAUGAGUUUUUGUGUGCAUGCACACGUCUUCAGAUACAAUGAAACAGAAGUCACCAGACCUUUAUAUAUAGUGAGAGGGUGGAGAGGGGCAUUACUCAGAAGGGUGGUGGGAAUGGGUGAUUGGCUGAUAGGUGUGGUAAACCUGUUGGUCUUACAGGAAAAAGCAAGGGAUGAGAUGGCCAAAAAUAGCUUUAUCAUGUAUAAUGAGAUAAGAAUCCAAUGUCUCUAUUCAGACCAGGUCUCUUCAUUAGUUUUCUAAAGUUGCUGCCUUCAUGGCAUAGUGGACCCCUGCUGUUAAUUCUUGGUUGCUGAAUGAACAACACUGCAUGUUUUAUUGGGCAUAUGGUCAGUAAUACCAGAAGUACUGGCAGAAUGACUGCUUAGCCAUUUCUUUAGAAUCUUCCCUCUGCUUAAUUCAGUGGGUUCACUGGGUUACUGAUCGCUGCACUUCUGUGUUGCAUUGUGAACAUAUUAGAUGCGUGUUUUAAGUAUAAAACAUGUGUUUUGGGCGCCUUUAACCAAGUAUCCCCUCCUUCUCAAGUGUUAAUGUAUGUUCACAUUCUCAAGGUGAUUGCUAUUAGUAGUUUCACUUCUCCAUCUGCGCUUUCCGCAGUCCUUUUUGAAAGUCCAAACUUAGGUUCUUUGAUGCUUCUUGUACAAGGGAUAGUAGAGAUGCCUUUUGGGUUGGUUGUAUCUAUGGGGUGGAGUACUUGGUCCUCUCAUGGUAAUGUAUGCUGUCCUUCCUUCUUUUUCUGAAGCCUCCCAGGGGCUUGUGGUGGUUUGUCUAUGGAACUUUUUUUUACUCACUGUGUUAUUUUUAUGGUGGUAGUUUGUUUUUUAUGAGCUGCUGUGAGAUCUUCAUAUGCCUUAAGUUGUGUGCAUGGUUUGUGGUGCAGAAUGGCAUUGUUGCAGUUGUAGAAUUGGAGUUUUUAGUAGUUGUUCAUGUUCUGCAAAGUGGAGAAGAUAACACUGUGUCCAUUUCUCAUCACCAUUUUGUCUUCUGCUCAGUGAUCCUGUUGUGUAUUUCUUGUUGCUUGCAUUCAGUAUUCACGAUCAAUUUUUCCAUAAUGUUGCAGAGUGUGGAGCAGAGUAGUGAUAUGUGUGUUCCCCAUCCUCUGGCUGCAAUUCAGAUGUGACUGUGCAGCGUUGACUUAUCGUGGCAAUGUGUGCUGGCAUUUGUUUUUAGUUGUGGUGCUUCAUAAAUAUGUGUUACCUGUUGAUAAAACAUGGCUUCUAUUUUCAUAGCAGAAGCAUUGUAAGAUACAUUGUAAGAUACAUUGAAUCUGCAAGAACUGAAGUUGAGAAUAAUAAUAAUAAUAAUAAUAAUAAUAAUAUCUUUAUUGUCAUUGCCCCCUUCGGGGACAACGAAAUUACUUGACUGCUCCAUAAAAACUAAUUAAUCAAUACAGCAUAAUACAGCAAGGGAGAUUAGAUUAGAAGGGAUCUAUGUAAAGUUUAUGCAAUAGAAAUCCAGACCUGUUAGAUGCUCAAAAAGGGAUGUGCAGAAUUGAACUGUGAUAUACUUUUUUUCUUGAGCUGCAUGUGUAUUUUGAUGUUCACAAAUACCUCCUGUAGGAAUAAGCUUUCCAGUCAGUUCAGCGGAAGGCACAGCAAUUCAUGAGUAUCAGUAAUGUUUGCUUCUUUUGAAUUGAGCUUUAGAAACCGUACUGGUAUGAGAACUCUGCUUGUUCAUUGAAGCUCCUGUGCCUGUGAGAUGUUACUAGACUUGGGAAUUAUUUGCGAGCAUGCUUUUAAUGUGCCACUUAAUGUAUUGGAUUCCUAUUGCUCACUGAGGUUUCUGAGCACUUCUGCAGUUUUCCUGUUCUUCCAUAAACUAGAAGGAUAUGUUUAAUUGUCUGAAAAAAUAGGUAAGUGUAAGAACAUAAGAAGCCCUGCUGGCUCAAAGGCCCAUCUAGUCCAGGAUCCUGUUCACAUAGUAGCCAACGAGAUUCCUCUAGGAAGCCUGCAGCAACACUCCUGUCACUUGUGUUCCCCGUCAAAUGGCAUUCAGAGGCCUGCCACCUCUGAUACUAGAGAAAAAAAUUCAAUCUUGGGAAUGCCAAUGAUUUAAAUAACUAUCUGAUAAAGCUACAUGUCCCAAGUGUAGAAUGCAAAUCUAGACACUACCGAAUGCUUCUAAACAUUGCUUCCCUAACUUGGUUGCCAAAUGGUCAUUCAUUCAAUGGAAGGCAAGGAUGGGAUCUGUUUGUGUAGACUGGGGACCCUUAUUGGGAGUACAGAUUCUUGUUUGUAAAGCCUUUUUUGACUUUCUGCUAAAAAUGUGAAAGUUAGGCACAUUUUGGCAGAUUCAAUACUGCUCCUCCCACCCAUGUUUUGAUAGAAUGUGUGGCUGGAACAUGUAAAGAAGCUGUCUGAAAAAUGUUAUCACACAUCAGAAACCAUUCAGUUUACAUGUAUUAUAUCCAUUCAUUAUGUUAUUAAUUAAUUUUAUGAAACAAUGCCUUUUUAGAAAUGGAUUUUUUUCUGUCAGAAAAAUAUAUCAGUGGACAAUUUUCUGGCACACAUCUGUAAGUAUAGUAAGAAUUAAAUUAGACUCUUGGCAGUGGUAAAUGCACUCGCUAAUUGUGCUAGCACAACAUUGAGGAUGAGUCAUAUAUGACCCUUCUAUGAUAGGUGUAGAGUUGUGUUGGGAAAGAAAUAUUUGUUUAGAAGUUCACGAUAGUUGCUUUUCCGUCUGUGCUAUAAGAUUGCUUAGGGGAAGAAAAGGUUAUAGCAUUUGGCAUUCUUGUUAUGACGUCGCUGGCAUAGUAUUUUCUAGCUGUAUAUAUUUUGCAUACUGGAUUGGAGCCAGGUUAAUUUAUUUGCACUUUGAUUUUGAGUGAGCGUGUUAAGUAUUUCUCAGAAAGCAUAUACAGAGCAGGAAAAGAUAUGGAAAAAAACACCUAAACUGAUUUAAGGGCUGGAGCACUUCCUCUGCAAUGAAAUACUAAAGCAAUUGCAUUUCCUUGUUGAGAAAAAAGAGAGAUCGUGGGGGAAUAAGGAAGUUGGUAACAUUUUCUUCUUUUAGAGUGAGGCUGGUAGCUUCAAGGCUAAGGACUUUCUCAGUGGUAGCAACUGAGGAUGAGAUUGGUAAUAACAAGCUGCAGAAAGUUUUUGAAAAUUGCAUGUUCUAUUGCAUGGUUUCUUUUCCUACUAUCUAUUGUGUUUUUAAAUGGAUUGAAUUGUUCAUUGUUUAGAUCUUUUUAAAAAGAUUUUUUUAAAAAAAAUUGUGGCCUGUCUUGAAUAUCUGUGUAGACCAGAAAAUAGAAUAUGAAAUAAUGUAAUAAAUGCUUUUAUUUACACUUACCCUUAUUUACACUUACCCUGCCCUUUCAACUUUUCUAUUGUGAAGCUCUGCAUAUUACACUGCUGGGCACUGCUUGCAUACCCACACUACAUCAGACCUCAUACAGAAGCUCUUGAGUUGUCCUGUUCUUCCAGGUCUUGUUUACAGCUCCUCUCAUGUUGAUUAUUAUAGCUGUGAAAGUUCCUAAGCCCAUGUUUGGAUGCCUCACUUUGUCCCUACUUUCCAGUAAGUAUUAUAACCCUAGUCAUAUUUCUGGACCAGUCCAGAUCAGAGUCUAUCGUCCUGCAUUCUAUUUAAAGUAGUGACCAGCUGCAUGGUUUGCAGCCUCCUCUCCUAUUAGUUGCUGCCUAUAAAAUGGGGAUUCAGUUUAUCACAAUUAUAAUCCUUUUAGAUGUGUUAACCACAAAUUUGUGUGAUCCCUUAUAAUGUCAUCUAAAGCUAGUGACAACCACCAUAUUUUAUGUGUGUUAUACUCAGUAUUUUCUUAACUUUUACUUCUAGCUUUGUGUCUAUGUUUACCUUAAAAUCAUACUGAGUUUCUUUGUUUUUUGUUUUCCCCUAAACCUUUUUCUGAUUUCAUCUGUUUGGAAGCAUCUUCUCACUUUUUGGUUUUAAUGCUUUUAGUGGCUGUGCUUGGUUAUCAUAGGAAUGAGCUACACUGAGCCUUGAACUUGUAUGCUCCCUCUCCUCUGGCAUGGCUCUAAGGAAGCUUUUGCUUCCAUUUUUGAUUACUUACAACUUGUCAUUAUGUCUAAAUCCUAAACUUUUGUUAAUCUUAACUAUGGUUUGUUGCUUCAAACUAUGCAUACACCAGAGCCAUGUUUUCAUUUACUCAUGGUUUUCUUGUUUGCUUUCUUUAAUUGUCUGUUUCUAUUACUAUAAUUUACAAAUUCUUGGGAGUAAAACUACAUUUAAAAAACAACUAGUUUAACUACUUAAAAUAAGUUUAAACUGGUUCAGAUUCAUUGUUGCAAAUUCAAUACUUGCAACAAAAGUGUCUAUGAAUUUUUUUUGUUAAAAGCAGGUUGGGUGAGAGCUAAUAACUGUGCAGGAAGCUCCUCUGCCACCACCAGUUCAUGCUUGCUGAGAAGCUACUUCCAAAUGCUGGAGAACCAGGAGCUAUAAUCAGAAGUAUCAGUUGCAGAAAUCUUGGAGCAUGCACAAAAGUGCUUGAGGGGAUGUAUGGGGAUAUUUAGAUGCUGUUGUUAUUUGCACACUUGUAAUACAGUACCACAUUUUCAAGAAUGAAUUGAGUGCUUAGAAGGAGAAUAAAUUUCAUCACUCCAAAUGAUAGUUCCAGUUGUGGUUAUACUUUUCUCAUGCAAACUAAUUGAUAUCAGUUAUGUUUAUUUUUAUGAUUAUGUGUGCAUCUCCCCCAUAGUAAAAAAUACUUUAACUUUUAUUGACAAGGAAAUAAUACUUUCAAACCUCCACCCAUGAAGGACCUAUGCAUUUGUCUAGAUCAGGCAUAGGCAACCUUCAGCCCUCCAACCUUCGGCUACAGUUCCCAACAUCUCUGACCACUGGUCCUGUUAGCUAGGGAUCAUGGGAGUUGUAGGUCAAAACAUCUGGACAGCCAAAGGUUGCCUUUGCCUGGUCUAGAUGUUUUGAUGCUUGAAUUGUCACACUCUUUGGGAACCUGAUCAGUGUUAUAUAUUUGUAUCCUGUCUUCCUGACUGACAAUAGACUUCUAAGGUAUCUGAAAGUAGAUGAAAACUGAUAUAUAUUAACAAAUUAAUAAGAUUGUUUAAAGAGGAAAGACUGACUUUUAUUUAGAAAGGAAGAGGGGGAACAGUGAUGGCACAUGUUCUCUUCCUGGGCCUUAGAUGUUGCCACUUCUGUGUCUGUUUCAACUGCUGUUCUCUGAAGGUUCCAUGGAAACCAUAGAGGAUAGUAGACCCCUCCCUUGUUUGUUACCUAUAAAUCAGGGCCAGGGAGUACCAGAUGUUUCAGUUCCCAAGAGAAUAGAGCAUCUUCUCACAUGGGCAGCUGGACAGUCAGCAACUCCUAGCGUUUUCUGAUGACGGGGGCCUGAUGAAGGUUCUGGGGGGACGGUGAUGGAAAAUGUCCUGUCCCUGAGCUUUACUACUGAUGCUGUGAUUCUUUCAACUGCUGCUUUUAAAAGUUCCAUGUUGACACUAUGGGUGAAUAACACCUCUCCACAAAAAAGUAUGCUACCUUAUAACCCAUGAUCAGCUACUACCAGAUUGAUUAGUAAUCAUCUGAUGUUGCAGCUCCAGACUUGCUGUAAUUUAGUUCACUCUAAUGGUCCAGUAUUUUUACCCUGAUUCCUUCAGUUCCCCUGGUCACUGGCAAAUGGGUACUGAUUAUAAUUUUCAUGGGGCACAUGACUGAGUUCUUCCCUCCAGCCCCAAAGAAUUUUUUUCCACCCAGGAUUACCUUCACAGCUAAAGAAAGGAUAAAAAUUAUUCCCUGCAAGGAAGCAGUUGAAUUGGUAGCAAGUACUUUUUAACUCUACAGUUUUUAUUUGAAGUAUUUUGGGAUUUCUAACCUCAGAAGUUCAGGAUGGUGUCAUUGGAUACAGCCUUUCUCUCAUACUAGUUGGAACAUGGUUCCCAUCAGGUAAUUGAUCAUGCCUGAUUCUCAUGGCAAUGGCCUCAGUCACAGCAACAGGCUUUGCCUCUGUUGCCCUUUCAGACUGAAAGCAUGGACAGAAUUCAUGAUGAAUAGAUUAAUCAGAUGAUGCUCAGUCAUGCACAUUGUCCUUCUGCACAGCUCAAAUUACCACCCAUGUCUAUGGAUCUGUGGAGGAGGAGGAUGGAUCCAGCUGGCUGACUAACUGGAUCCAGAGGCUGAUAGCUUGUGAACUGACACAACAGCUAAGACUUCCUUUCUGUUCACCUGUUGUUGUGCUUCUUUCUGGACAUGAUUUGGCCAUCAUGAGGCUCCUUUUAUGUCUUUGAAAAAGCUGUUUGACUGUGGGCUCAGUUUUCUAUCUGGUGAGUGCUCUUGGCAAGGUACUCUGCGAGUCCUGUUUACUCCACAGAUUUCUGUGGCAGCGAUCAUCACAUGAUUCUCAUCAAGGCUGGGGAGUAGGUUGUGGGAAACUCAUAAUUUCUUCUUUGUGGUAUGAGGCCCUUGAAAUGUCCAUACUCUUCCACACAUUUUGGCCUGCAAGAUUCCCCUUGGAAAUAUUUCCUCAUAGCAUAGCAACCAUUCCCAGAAUAAGUAAUUAGAGAAGUAUGGAAUCAGGUACUCUUGCCUCUGAACUUUAGCAUAGCAGUGGGGCGUACACAGUGGCAUCAUUCCUACAGCAGUUGAUCUCUGGGAGAGGAUGAUGAUCUCGCAGGCUUCUUGGUCAGAUGGGAUGCUGAUUGCACUGUGGUCCAAUACUUGUUCCACUUCUGGGGAUCUCUACCUCUGCUAACAAUGAGUACCUCUAAAUCUGUUGCUGAGCAACCAUGGGUUGUUGGAGAAUGCAUUUCUUUUCAGGUGGAUGACUAUUUCCUUUCAUACUAUCUUGCUGAUAACAAGGACCAUCACAAAGAUAAGAUGGACAAGAUAGACUGCAUUCUUUCCAAGACUGCCAUGGUUACUACUGUUUGCUGGACUUUUCAGACCUUUCUCCUUCAGAUUAAGAGCAGACUUUCCUUCCCAACAAUGUCAGAUCUCAAGAGGAUAGUCUGUCAGGUAUUUCGGAUGAGACUGAGGGGCAUGUGGUCUUCUCUAAGGUUCUCGCCUGACAAGGACCCCAGGGUAUGCUUUGGAAGAACAACAACCCUACAGAGAACUCCUGCACAGCUGGGACCUGGAAGAACUCUGUUUCAUUGCUGAUUAAGCAGAAGUUUUUUUUUGUUUGUUUUUUGCAGUUUUUCAAAGGGGCAGGGGAAACCUUAGGAGAAGUGGAAGUUUAUGCAGUAUUUUUUUUAUAAAACAAAACCUCUCUGCUUUAACAAAAUAAAAUGUAUCAUAACUUAGAAUAUAAAAUUGCACCAUUUAAUAUGUUUUUAAUGAAAUUUAAAAUGGUGAACUGCAAAUAUCCCAAAUUUUAGUCUACUUCUGUGGUUGGUGCUCAGUUCUUACUCAAACUUCCAGAUUUUUCCUUUCAGGCUCUGGAACGCAUAGUUCCUGUUCCACCUUUUUCCUGACCUUUUUUUUAAAUCAUCUAGCAAGCCAGGGCAGUAACUUACUUGUUUCCCAGUUUGUAGCCAGGUGUCUGUCACAGUCAUUUUGAGGGAAGAGGUGGAAGGGAUCAUCUUUGAAAAGAAAAGCAUAUUUCAUAGGACACUCACCCACAGUGUUCUCCCCACAUUUCCCCUGGAAACAUUUAAAAUUUAUUUUGGAGGGGAAAUAAUUCUUCCCUACUCUGUAUCUCGCCCACCCCCCCAACAUGGGUCUUGACGUCUCUAACUUGACCUCUUUGGGCCUGGAGUAUUUGCUGCAUAUGCUGGAGGAUCUUCAGAGCAGGUCAGCAGCUUUUAGCCAGGAUUUCUCAGUGGAUCCUAUAAAUUCAGAAGCAUUAUAGCACUUAGUAUCAGGGUUGGGGGGAGGCAGGAGAAGGCUGCUCCUAACCCUAAUGUUUCACUCAUCUUUCACCUUCUCAGUUUCAGAGAUUGCAUUUCUGAAAGCUGAAGCAAACUAUCACCUAUUCACAAGGAACUGUAAUGAAGGCUACUCAAGUUCUUGUUCGUCAGAUCCUUGACCAAGUUUUUUAAAAAACAAAACGAGUUUGGGUGUUUCCUCAACCUCUAACAAGAGUGCUGCUGUUGAGUUCCCCAUGACUCUCUAUGACUUUCUCCAGAGUGCUAAGCUGUAAAGGGCUCAUAGAGGCCAAUUUUGUUACCCCAACAUUUUGCGUCCCCUCCCCCCAUUUGACACUCUUUCCAUAGUUUCUGGUGUAUACUGAGUGUGCUCAGUCCUCAUUCUGUUCUUGUGAGGUCUCUCUUGUACCUUCUGCAAUCAUGCUACAUCUUCACCUUUUUUCCCCUCAGUGUCUCCAAUUUGUCUCUAUUGCUGUAGGUAUGGUUUUCCUAUUGGAGGGAUAGUAAACCUUUUUGAAGCCAUGCUAAUUAUCUUGAAGCGGUGAAUUUCAUAGUUCCAUCAUGUGUUUUAUAUAAAAGUUUUUUUAUUUUUGCCUGUUCUGAAUGUACUACCAGUAUGUUCUGUUGGGUGGCCCUGAGAUCAAGUAUUAGGAGAGAGGACAAAAUCAUUUCUCUAUCAGCUUUUCCUACACUGCAUAAGUUUAUUCAAAUGUCACACCUCACUUCUUAAUCCUCCCAAACUAAAACACUGUAGCUCUUCCUUACAGGGGUGAUGCUUUAACCUCUUAUUUUGGUCACUGUUUUCCACGUUUCAUUGUAAAAGAUAUGGUACUGGAAAAAUCUAACAUCUGACAUGCUAUUUUAAGAACAGUUACUAUUUAUGUAUUGUUUUAGUUCAAUUUGCAUUUACUUACUUUUUAAGGAUUAUCUUAAAUAUGUUUUUAAUCUUUCAUAUUUUAUCAGUAUUUUAAUUUGUGUGGGUCGCUAAAGUCUCUGGGUGAAAAGUGGAAUAUAAAUAUAAUAAUUAUAAUAAUAUUAGUUACUAGUGUCCUUUUUCUUGCUUGUUAAUACUAAAGUAAGGCUCUAGAGGAAUACAUUAAAAAUACAUUUUUGUUCCUCCUUAUUGGGUGCCUUACUUUCUUCUAAAAUUUUGCUUGCCUGUUGACUGACAAGCCUCAUUCACAAUCACAAAGGCAUUUAUAUAUAUAUGAUAGAAAAACUGAAUUAAAAGAAAAGGGAGAAACCUUUUAAAUUUUCUCUAGAAGCUAUAACUGGUAGUGAGAAAAGCAAAUAGAAGUAAUUUUUCACUUCUAGAACUUUGGUUUUGAUUGAUUGUUACGCAAAGUGUGGCCAGAGCUUGUUGUAAAUUUAAUUUAAUUUCUUACUAAAAAGUUAGUGAUGUCCUUUAAAUCCAGCAGUUUGUGUUAAUUCAAAUCAUGCCCCAAUUGGUUUUUAUCCAUUCACUUCGGUGAGUACAGCAAAAUAUUCUCCUGUGCACUAUAUAAGUAUGAAAGGGGGAGGUGUGCCACCUUUUUCUUUUUCUUUUAUUAAAAAAUAGUCUGUUAGAUGUGUCAUUCUGCAGCAAUUGACAAAAGUGCAGUGAGAAAAACACCCAUCUACAAAGGCAAGGUAGGGGGCAGGAGGACCCUUUAAAAACAAAAAGUGAGCUUUUUUAAAAAAAAGAUUAUCUUUUGUGCAACUACUUCAGUGAGAAGGGAGAAAGCUGGGUUGCUUGUCACUGAUUACGUCAUAAAUUGUCUCCUGUAGAUUGAUGAACUUGGAUAAUGACAUUUUCAUGUGGCAAUUAAAAUAAUAAUGAACAUUUUUAUCUGGGGAGGAGUACUGCAUUUUUCUGCAUUCUGAAUAUAAUAACCUUGUAACUUAAGUGCUAUUGAGAGAAAAGACAUGCAGAUGUGCACACAAAUUAGAAAAAAUAUUCUUUUAAUAUAUAAUAAACUAGUCAUCUGGGAAAACCCGUUGUUAAAAAGAGUAUCAUCACAAUUGAUACUGUUUGAGUAUUUGAACAAGACGUGCAUGAAUUGCAUGAUGGGGUUCAUACUGAGAGGGAAAAUACAGUGCGGAAAAGUUUUCCUGCUGAGAUAUAAAGAGUACACAGUUCUGUCUUUGCAGAUCCAAAUUUGGCUGCAUUUGCAUGUAAUGGUAAGCCAGGGUUUCUGGCUUAUUGUGGUAUACUAUAAAUAAACAGUGUGCUAGUUCACAUUGUGCGAUCACUCCUUCUUUGCUUCUCCUCUGGUGCAGUAAACAAUCCAGGAAGCCUUGGCUUUCCAUUAUGUCCAAACCCAAGGAUCUUGGUUUGUUUCUCCCUAAUAAGUCAUGAUCUAUAAGUUAGCAACAAACCCAUGGCUUAAGAUUUGACGAGAAACAAACCGCAAUCCCUGGUUUGGUAGAACUGACUUUGGUAACUGCUCCUACUUUGUAGAGAAACAGACCACAAGCCUGGAUUCGGACAGCAGUACAAACCAGACUGUGAGGCAGCCAGAGUAAGGGAGGUGGUCAAGGGAACUUCAGUGUGUACUAGCACACUCAUUCAUAUUAAAUGAAUCAGACCUAUGUAUGUGCAGUGUUUUAACUAUCAAAACAUUUUAAUGUUAAUGCUAAAUACUAUUUCUAAAAUAUGUCACCUUGUUUUCAAAUUGACUCAUUAUGAUACUGCGUAUUCAAUACUAUUUCUGUAGUGAUUCAAAUAAUUUUGUUUUCAAAUUCAUAAAUAUUUUAAACAUGAGGUUAGGGAAAAAUCAGUCUAGAUUUUAUUUGUGUGUUCAUGUGAGUCCUCCUUUAAAUACUGCUUUCAUUGUUGUGUAUACUAGAAAUCAUAGAAGCAUUUCAGGUGUCAAAUACUGUCCUCUUUUCAAAACAUCACCCCCCGAUACUUUUCUAAAUUAACAGAAGAAUAUUGGAUAUUUAACUCCUGGUUUCUUCUUAACAGGUAAAAUACUAUAGACACUUGGCACCUGAUCACCUGCUUCAGAUAUGCCAUCGACUAGGACCACUUCUAGAGCAAGAAAUUCCUCAGAGCGUUCCAGGAGUCCAAACAUUAUUAGGAGCUGGAAGACAGUCUUUGCUUCGCACAAGUAAAAGUAUGGUUCCCCCACCCCCAAAAUGACUUGUACACUUAUUUUGUUAUGUUUCUAUGUUUAUAUUUUAUUUUAUAUAAUCAAAUAGGCUGCAAGCAUGUGGUGUGGAAGGGAUCUGCUCUUGCUGCAUUGCACUGUGGAAGACCUCCAGAGUCUCCAGUAAACUAUGGCAGUCCACCUAGUAUAGGUAAGAGUCUUACUAAAUAAGUGUGUAACAUUGCUAGUGCAGCAGUUGGAUUUAUGUCAGUAAGGUUUGGUGGCUAUUUGUUGCUGUGGUGUGUGUUACUUCUACCACUUAGAAUUUUUCUGUAUGUUAGUCCUAGUGCUCAUAAAUCCUGGUAUGACAUCUGAUUUCAGGCUUUAGGAAGGCAUCUACGUAUUCAAAAUAGCUGAUUAGAUGCCUUUGCACGUGUUUGUAACCAUCACAUCCCAGUGUCUGGGAGACUUCAGCACUGCCAGACAUUUGAUUAUAGUGUACAUCUAAUGAACAUCUAAUUCUGUGCCUACAGGAUUAUUUCUGCAUGCAUGCUUUCUCUUUACACUCUUCUUUUUUUGCCCAUCAGUCUAGGUAGCAAGUCCAAAUUGCUUCCCUUUCUUGUAGUUAGUAGUUUCUGUGCAAAAAGGUACUUGGGAGCUUGGAGAAGAUGACAUGUUUGCAAGUUAGUAUAGAAAAUGGCCAAGAGGAAGUCAUAAUCUGUUUCUUCCCAAAUUUAUUGUCUUCCUAUUGAAUAGUAACAGUGAAAGAAUUGGGGGAUCACUGGUGGUCAACUUUUUACUGUCCAAAAAGGAACUAUUUAGGAACCAUUUUUGUAUUGCUUUAGGAAUGAUAUUUGCCUCUUUCUGGAUAGCCACCUGACUGACAUACAAAAUGCUUUUUUUUUAAUAGCUGAAACUCUCUUUUCAAGAAAACUAAAUGGAAAAUACAGGCUUGAACAACUUGUUCCAACUGCUGUAUAUCAACAUAUGAAAAUGCACAAGCGAAUCCUAGGACAUUUGUCUUCGGUAUAUUGUGUAACGUUUGACCGAACAGGCAGACGGAUAUUCACUGUAAGUGCAAAUUCAUGAAAAUGUGCAUAGUCAUAAAAAUGUUUAAAUAUAUCUUUAAGGAUGAUGUACUGUACACAUUACUAUGAUGCAAAGCAGGUAGCUUAUGGCAAAAGGUUAAUUCAUCUCGUUAAGCACAAAAUUUCUACAUUUCUCUCUCUUAUGGUGCUCUUGAAGGGGGGGUGGUUCUGUGGAGCCUCUUCUGAGGUGCUGGUCUCAGCAGUCCUAUUUCAGGACGAAUGUAAUACUUUCUGUGGUGGUACAGGCCAGCCUCAUAGUCUUCUUUUGACAAGAAGACCUGCUUUCUUUGGAAAUAGUUGCGAAAAACAAUAUUUUACCUGGAUAUAAACAGAGGGACAUUUUGGAAGCAGGAACUUCCCGCUGGAGGCAGGAAAUUCAUAAUGAACUUAACUGAGAGAAGGGACUCCAUGGUCUGUUUCUGCUUGUUUUGCUAUGGUGUUUAUUUCUUCUGUCACGUGUGCCCUUGGUUGCGUUUUAUUCCUCUUCCUUUUCCGAGUGGAUGAAAGGUAGGGUGCAGAGGGCCUUCUGGCGGUUCCCUCACUGCGAGAAGCAAAGCUACAGGGAACCAGGCAGAGGGCCUUCUCGGUAGUGGCGCCCACCCUGUGGAACGCUGUCGCAUCAGAUGUCAAAGAAAUAAGCAACUAUCUGACAUUUAGAAGACAUCUGAAGGCAGCCUUGUUUAGGGAAGUUUUUAAUGUUUGACGUUUUAAUGUAUUUUUAAUCUUUUUUUGGAAGCUGCCCAGGGUGGCUGAUGUCUGGCUUUAGCAGUUAAUUGAGGUGAAAAAUUGUAUCAUUUUUCUGUUUGUGUGGAAGAUCUUACUGCAGUUGCAGUUCAGACUUAUGACUCUAGGAGAGGAACAUCUGGUGAGUCAUCUUGCCGCUCCAAAGUAUCGUAGCUUUGUUAUUUCACUUUCCUCUUUAUCACCUAGGAUCAACCUGGGGUUAGUGAAGGUGAUGAUGGACUUUCUGUGUUUUUCUCGACCUGUUGUUCUGGAUAGGAAAGAUUAAAGGUUGAUUGGAAGUGACUGGAGGAUAACAUGGAAUAAUUCCCAUUUCAGUUGGAUGUAGUAGGUAUCCAAAUGGGUUAUGUAUCCUCCUGCUGCUUGGAAGGCAGGAAACCACAUAUCAUAAGUUUGCUGAAGUUUUCCUCAUCAGCUGAGUCUUCAUCUCAUUUCUUGACUCAGAACAAUCCAGUUUCUUCUCCUCCAUUGUGUUUAUUUCUCAAGCUCAGAGAAAUGGUUUUUUUCCUUGUAUUACUCUAUUUUUCCUGCCAUUUUUGUCUUUGCUUCUUCUCAGUUGCUGCUAUCAUUUUUUAUGUAAAAAAGAAGAGAGAGAUCGUUCUAUUCCUAUGCCUUUCUCCUCUCAGACUUGCCCCUUGCCUUCCUGCUGCUCAACUCUUGGCAAGGGAAGCUCCUAAGGCCACCUCUUCUGUAAAGCAUAUCUUAGUGGUCAAAACCAAGUGGACUGUCUGAGGAAUGGCUGCAGUGAAAUUUUCGAUGACUUCCUCACCCAUUGUACUUGUUCAUCAGGAGCAGUCAGAUUGUCUCCUGGAAGGGCUUCAGCCAUCCUGGCUGUAGAUGCAACUAGAGCAUUGAUUUCUGCCAUUUCUCCGUUCACUCCCCAAUUGACAACUCUGGUGUCUUCCCUGCUCCCCACAAAAGCAGCUAAUACUGUCUCCUGCCCCUUUUUCUUCCACUCUUUGCACCGCAGGCCUUAACUAAAUUGCUUGUAACUGUGCAGUGCCUUAUAUGAACCAGCAGAGGGUGCAGGAUCCCAACAACUUGAUUGAAAAACACAGUUGGAUGGUGGGGGGGACUGACUCUUAAUGCAGCUCUUGUUGUAGGUGCCAUGCAGAGUGUUUGGAUAAAACAUUGGAAUAUUGAUGCCACUUCUAGGCCUAAUAUAGCAACAAUCCUAGUGGAAGUUUGCAGCAUUUCCUACCUGCAUGGCAACAUAAAAUGCAAGAUUGCUGGAAAAGGUUAAAAGUAGUGGUGGCAAUAUUUGUAUUAGUAACUUUAAACUAUGGGUUCAACUUCCCCUGCCCCCAGACACAGUCAUGGCUAUAUGCACUUUGUAUUGCUCUCUCUGUUCCUCCCCCCAAUUUUUGGAGUUUUGGGGGAAGGCUUAGAUGGGCUUGAGCCCUUUUGUUCUGGUGAUCAUGAUAAUUGAUGGUUGUGUUGGCAAUUUCAGUUGCUUCCUGUUUGCUUAUUCUGCUCUAGUGAACAGAGCGCCGUGCUGGAAGUUGUUUAUGUAUGGGGUCACUGGGAAAGAUGUAGGCUACUCUCCCCUCUUGAUAGGCCCGUAUAGGUGUCACUGAACUUCCUUUCAUACAUUCCCUUAUUAAGAGAAUUUGCUGUCAGACUUAAUGUUGUAAUGCUUAGAUCUCAGCGAAAGUGAUAAUUAAAAGUAGGCAAUCAGACUAAAAGGAUUUUGGUUUUUCUUCUUCUCCAUGAAUUACCUAUGCCAGCACUGAGAACUUGUAAAUGAUACUAGGGAUAAGAAAUCUUUCUUAACAUAAUGCAGUAAAUAGUUCCUAAAGGCUUAUUUUAACAGAAAUGCUGGCAUUUAAUGCAGUGUUUGGAAUUCAAUUUAAUUGCGUUAAUUCUGUAGCUUUGCCAUCAUAUCAUUAAUGUUUUGCUGUUUCUUAAUUUUUAGCAUGUGUAACUUUUGCAGUUGUUGAAAUAUAUAUGUCUAAUUCUGCUGUAGAAGGAAGGUGUGUGAUGCUAUUUAGGGCAGGGCAGGGAGGAGAGAUUCACAUUCGGUACAAUGACUGAAUAGGAAUCAGAAGCAAACUUCCUUGCAGAAGGGGUUGCUUGGAUCCAAAUGAGUGUAUAUUAGGGUCCGUAUUAGGAUCCAUAUGAAAUCGGUACUGGAGUCUCAUAAACUAGCUAAGCUCAUAAACCAGCUAAGUGCCAUGAGCUUCAAUUGGGCAGUAAUUGUGGUUAAUCUGUUUUAAGGGUUCUGAUGAUUGUCUUGUGAAAAUCUGGGCGACAGAUGAUGGAAGGUUGCUUGCUACUUUAAGAGGACAUGCAGCAGAAAUAUCGGACAUGGCUGUUAAUUAUGAGAAUACCAUGAUUGCUGCAGGGAGCUGUGACAAAAUGAUCAGAGUGUGGUGUCUCCGAACAUGCGCCCCUUUGGCAGUUUUGCAAGGCCACAGUGCAUCCAUAACAUCACUACAGGUAACAGUUUGCUUCCUUCUAUGGCAUGAUUUGAGCAUUAUUAAUGUUAUCUUCUCACUUGUGGAUAUCUAUGACACUUGACUUAAACAAGGCAGGGCUGCUCAGUCAGAUAUCAAAUGCCUAGACAAAUUCUUAUGUGUGAAUUGUUAAGUGGAUUAUUUUGCAUUCCUGUUUGAAACAGUAUAGGUUUUAACUGUUCUGAACAAAGACAAUGGCAGGGGAGAAGGAAUAUUAUUUGUGAUUUUGUGUGUGUGUGUGCGUGCGUUCUUCUGCCUGCAGUGAAGAUCUUUCUGACAGACUUAUGCAUGUGGCUGAUUAAGUAACUUUUUAUAGAAGUGGUAAUUAUGAUAGAAAUUUGACUUUAUACUGAAUCAUUUGGAUCACUUGUUUUCACUGUUUGCUAAAAAUCAAGAAUUAUAAAUAGCUUUAUUUGUUUUGCAGUUUUCACCACUAUGCAGCGGCUCAAAGCGAUACCUGUCUUCAACUGGGGCUGAUGGCACUAUUUGCUUUUGGUUAUGGGAUGCUGGUACACUUAAAAUAAAGUUAGUUUCUCUCUUGUAUGGUAUUAAGCACACUGUGGAAUUAAACACUGCAGUUGAUAAUGGGUGGCUUUGGGAAGUUAUGGGCUUUUACUGUUGUUGUUGUUUAAAUUUAUAUACUGCCCUUCACCUGAAGAUCAUAGGAUGGUUUACAGAAUGAAAGCACAAACCUACAUUAUAUAAUAAACAAAACCAUACCCCCUCACAGUUUAAAAGGCCAUAGAUUGUUUAAAUAGCCAAAGGCCUAGGAGAAGGAGGUUUUUGCCUGGUGUCUAAAGAAGGCACCAGGGAAGCUUCCCUAGGGAGAGCAUUCCACAAACAGGAAGCCGCUGGAGAAAGAGCCCAUUUUUGUGUUGUCAGUCUUCAGACCUCUUGUGGAGGAGACACACAAAGAAGGGCUUCAGAUGAUGAUUGCAGCGUCUGGGUUGGUUCAUGUUGGAAGAGGUGAUCCUUAAAGUAUUAAGGUACGCAGCCAUUUAAGGCUGUGUAGGUCAAAGCCUACACACUUUGAAUUGUGCCCAGAAACUAAUUGGCAGCCAUUGAAGUCGGGUCAGGAUUGGUGCAAUAUCCUCAAACUAUCCUGCGCUGGUGAGCAUUUCUUAUUCUCUCCCCUCCCCCCAAACUCUCCAAAGGUGGUUUGUGUGUGCAUUGGGGUCUGGAGGGGACAGUAGAAGUAAAGGAAGCUCCAUAGAAUUCUGCCCUAGGUUGUUUCUGUGUGUGUCGGUGCUAAUAUUAUAAUUUAUAUUGCUUUCUAUAUAUCAGAAAAAGUAGCAGAGGAUUCAUACUAGCAUAACAGAAAAUCCUAUGCCUGUUCAUUCAUAAGUAAGCUACAUUGUCUUCAGUGAGGCAUGCUUCUUGGUUGAUGUUCUUAGGAUUAUAGACUUGCAGUUUAUUCUUAUUCAAGUCCCAUUGAGUUUAAUUAAACUUCUAGUUAAGUAUGUGUAGGAUUGCUGCCUAAGCCAUGAAUCUUCAGUGUUAGGGUUCAGAAGUCUCCUCCCAUUACUACUUUUGAAAUGAUGAUGCAGCAUUUAAACACAGUCUGUUUACUAUUUUACUAAUUUUAGUUACAGUAUCUUUUUAUUAUAAAAAUGUUUCAAAAUGUCUGAGCUGAAUGUAAACAUCCAUGUUAAGGCUACUAAUGUAACCUCUUUGGUAAAUCAAUGACUCUACUGGACGUCUUUGUGACAUUGGGUGAUUAACAGAUGGGCAGCCUUAGACACCUGUCAGAUUGGGCCAUGAGGGAGGAAGAUAAGAAUCUAGCCCUUUGGCCAUACCCAGUUCUCCACCCUCACUGUAAAUGUCUACAUUUUUAUAGAGCAAAAUGUAGGUAGGUAGCACGGGCAUAGGUUUUAGAUAGUGCCUGUAUGCUGUAUGACAGAUCUAUUUAAUUACAAAGCAAUACGUUUUUUAACCACUAUAGUAUGUGUUCUUAUACAGGAAAUACUCUUAAUGAAACUGACUUCAAUAGGCCACUGAUUUAUGUUAGCAACCCUUGAUUGGCUUUCUCAUAUAUUAGAGCAUAAGAAAGGAUGGGAUUCUUGAUUUGUGUAUUGAAACUCGGAGAAUGUACCUGGGAUAUAUACCCGGGAUUCACAAUGUGGCUGUAGCUCUAGGGCAUGUACCCACUGUAUGUUUGGAGACUUGUCUCCCUGUCACAUCUUUCAUAUUUAUUGCAACAAACACCAAUGUACCUGUAGUGCAGGGGAAAGUUUGAAGUUGCUGUAGGCAAAGAGUAGACAGUUUAUGAAAUGACUUUGUAGUCCUUUCAAAAAGAAAUAAAAAGGCAUGGCUCUGGAAAAUACUGACAAUACCCAACACACAGAUGUGGUUUCUAAUGCAUCACAGCCUUUAUUUUAUUACUACAAAGUACUGUUCAGAUCCCUGUGAAAGGAACUAAAACGUAUACUGUUAUAAAAACCUGUCUUCGGUAAGGUUGUAUUUUGCUUUUCUGUUACAAUGGAGUUUGCUUCAUUAUCCUAAUUUGAAUCCUACAAUAUUGCCCAGGGAAUAUAAUUAAAGAAGAUUUCCUACAUGUUGUCCAGGCCUAGGGCUUGUGUAUAGAUUUAGUAUCAGAAAAAACCCCAGCUACUUCCAUCAUUAUAAAGCAUAAUAAUAAUAAUUUUAUGAAAUCUUGGAUUCUGAUGCACAGCAUGGUGAUUUUUGCAAUUAUGAAAAGAAUGAGACUUUGAUUUAUAACAAGCAGUUGGUGAAGUACUGCAAGAGAAAAACCAUGCCAUCAUUUAUUUUUAAAAAACUCCCCCCCUACCCCUGCCCCCAUAUUAACAUUGCAUGGAGUUGGUUGCUGAUUGCAACCUAUUUCACAGAGAUCACUAAUAAACUAAAAACAGAUUAAAAUAUGCACCAGCACUCUCAAUAUCUGGGUAGACUUAUCUAAACAAAAAUGUUUUGUACAAAGAGUACAGUGAAGGUGCAUGCCUGAUACCAAUAGCCAAGGAGUUCCAAAGUGGGUACUUUGUGAUACCUGUAAAUAUGCCAGUUCUGCAAAUUGAAGCUGCUGAGUAGGUGAAUAUGGGGUAAGGAGGUCUCACAGGUAAACUGGCCCCAAGUUGUUAAGGGCUUUAUAUACUAGCAGUAACACCUUGAACUUGGCCUGGUAGCAAAUUGGCAACUGGUGCAGGUCUCUGAACACAGGUGCUAUAUGCUGACAGGUCUCAUUCCUGCUGCAGUGUUCUGCUUUAUCUGCAGCUUCUGGAUCAAAACAUGGGAAACCCCACAAUGAGUCUUGAAAUUACCAAUCCUUUAACUUUUGGGGCUCGACUUUCCCUGUCUAGGAAUAGCUGUAGCUGUUGAACCAAUUGCAGGUAGUUCUAGCCACUGAGGCAACCUGAGCUUCCAGUGACAGAAUAUAUCUUGGCCUAAGAGAGUAGGAUGAACUCUAUUUUAGUUAAGUCCUCCUUCUCAUUUAGAUUAAUGCCUUUAUUUAUGAGCUACUGACUAAUUCAGUUGCUGUCUUAGGUUCUGGUCAUGGUUUUAACUGUGUGUUUUAACCUUGCAGUCCAAGACCAACAAAGUUUACAGAGCGUCCAAGACCUGGAGUCCAAAUGAUCUGCUCAUCUUUUAGUGCUGGUAAAGUGCUCCUCCUCUCAAACCCCGUAUUAGUGACAUAUUCAUAACUUUAAAAAAUGUAGCAGUAGAAUUUGCUAAGUAGCAUCCUGAUGCUGAUUUCUAGAUGUCUGAAUUGUAAACAGUAAGCAAAGGAUUUGUUGAAGGCCAUCUUGUAAGGAGAGAAAGUCUUGUGAUUUUCCAUUAAGUGGCAGCGUUCUUAAAUGAUACAUAAAUGAUAUACUGUACCUUUAUCCUCUUCUGCCUAUGAAAGCUUAAUUGCUAAAAUAUGUGCUCAGGUGAAGUAUCUAAUAAUUGUGUCUAGAAACAUUGAAUCUCAAUAUAGAUUUGGAUAGUGGUUGAGUAAAAGUAUUAUUGUUUUGGUGUUAAGAUUUUUUUGUCCAUGUCCAUAAUGAUCAGUACACUGGAGCAGACAUUGGCAAGUGAGAUGGAAGAUUGUCUAAUUGAGAAAUAGAAUAUUAUGAUGAUGGUGGUACUUUUUGUUUCCUUUAGGUGGAAUGUUUCUGGCCACUGGAAGUACAGAUCACAUCAUUAGGGUUUAUUACUUUGGAUCAGGUCAGCCAGAGAAGAUAUCAGAGUUGGAGUUUCAUACUGUAAAUACCUCCUCAAAAUUGCUUAGCUAUUUGUUUGAAGUGCUUUGGCAUCUUGUAGUCAUGAUGUUAAUUUUUUUCUUGUUCACACAGGACAAAGUGGACAGCAUUCAGUUUUCUAACACUAGUAAUCGGUAAGCAACUUAACCAUUUGUGUAUAUCAUAAGGAAUGCCUAUCAAAUUUGACCCCUAUGGAACCAAAAUCAUUUCCCACCCAUGGCCUAAGGAUUUGGCAAGCUGAAAGGGUGUGUGUGCUGGUGAGCAGGGGGAGAAUGGUUUUGAUAAGGAGUAACAGAAGGGGAUGGUUUUGGCAAGGUGAUCGGAGGUGGAUAGGUGGGUUUGGCAAACAAAGUGAGCAGCCCUUAGAAGAUAAAAUAUAUACUAGGGAGGGAAAAAUGCUUUUAAAAAUAUUUGCUCCAUCCCCAUGUGAGGUUUUUUUUUUUUUUUUAAAAAGCUCUCUUGCAUAAUCCUGACCUUGUGUUCUGCAGGCUUCUGUUCUGCCUCUACAUGAUUCCUCUCUUCCAGCUGUGUUAUCCAGCAAGUCUUUCUCCUUAGUGCCUUUUUUGCUUGGUGCCUGCCCAUUACCUGUGCUGCCUGAAUCCAAUGGCAGCUGUAGUCCAACAGCACCUAGAUGGCACCAGCAUUGGCUUCCCCUGCUUCAGAUUAUAUAGGUUGGAAGCUUUGGCACUGGACUCAGGUUGCUGGUUAAUAAAAGUUGGGCUGCAAUCCUAAGCACAUUUCCCUGGGAGUAAGUCCCAGUAAAUCCACUGGACUGAGCAUUGGUCUACUUCUGAGUAGGCAUGUAUAGGAUUGCAGUAUUGUUCUCGUUACACAGCACUUUGUGUAUGCCCUGCAGAUUCCAUCUAAUGCUGUUAGUCAAGAAUUCAAGAAACCAUAAAUAGACUAGUGCACUUAAAAGUAUUACUAGAUUGCAGUAUGAUCUUUUGUGAAAUCUGUAGAGAAAGCAUUGCAAAAAACCGUUUUGCUUGUGAAAGACAAUUAAAGGCAUUUUUCUCUUUGUUAGAUUUGUCAGUGGAAGUCGUGAUGGUACAGCACGCAUCUGGAUGUUCAAGAGAAGGGAGUGGAAGAGUAUUUUGUUAGAUAUGGCUACUCGGCCUGCAGGGUAAGCCAUUUUGAUCUUGAGUAUGUUGAGUAUGUGGUUAGGAGUAGCUGAGGCAUGAAAUAUUUAGGAGUCUGUUGGAAACAAAACAGGAAAGGAAGGGCAGGGGAGACAGGACAAGUGCCACUUAGAAAUCAGUGAGGGCUCCAUCCAUACCACAAUAGUAGGGAUUGUGGACAAAUGUUUUGAUUCAACUAAGAAUGUAAAAGGAAUGAAGAAUGAAUAUUGUUGGAUAAUAAAUAACAAGAUGAAAGAUUAAAAAAAAUUAUUAAAAGAUGAUCCAAAAAGAACUCCCUUAAGAGAAUCAAGUCUUUUUGUCUUAAGGCCGUCCUUCAAAGAAUUUUUACGUAUUUUUUUUAAAAAAAUAAUAAUUCCAGUAGCCCUUUAAAGACCAACUAAGUAUAAGCUUUCUAGGUAUGAGCUUUCGUGUGUAUACACACUUCUUCAGAUACUCUGAAGCAGAGGUCGCUGCAACCUUAUAACUGUUGAUGACUGUUACUGAUAGCAGUUGGUUCCACAGGGAAGGGCAAGGUAUUUUUAAAGGGAUAGAUGACCAAAAUUAGAUUUAGAAUGUAUAAUAGGACUUGAAUCCAAUAUCUCUAUUCAGACCAGGUAUCUCCAUAGUUUUUAGUUUGGUAAUGAGUUGUAACUCAGCAACUUCUCUUUCAGGUAUAUGUCUAAAAUUCUUUUGCAAUAAGACAGCUACUUUAAGAUCUUAUAUAGAAUGUCCUGGGAGAUUGAAGUGUUGGAUAAGUUAGUAGAAUUUUGGAUUUUAUGCAUAUAUGAUCAUUGUAAUCCUAGUUCUCAGGAUAAUUUUCAGCCACCUGUGUUUUUUUAAUGUUCAGCUUUAUUGUGCAGUCUCUUUGCAUCUAGUACCUAGUGUGUGAAAGGAUCAUGACAACUUUCAAGUUGACCAAAUCUCUAAAAAUAAUCUUUGCACGCCUGAAAUUCUGACAGUUUCUGAUUAACAUUUUUAUAUGCUGUUUUGUUCAUUAAUUGUAGACAAACUUUACAAGGAGUAGAAGACAAAAUCACAAAGCUGAAAGUUACAAUGGUGGCUUGGGACCGUCAUGACAACUCUGUUAUUACUGCAGUUAAUAACAUGACUUUGAAAGUCUGGAACUCUUUUACUGGGCAACUUAUUCAUGUCCUUAUGGUAAGGAAAAUAAAGUAACAUUCCUCUUUCUAUAGGAUUGCUGUGCCUUCCUACUGAAAUUCUUCUGUUGUAUAUAUAUUUUUAAUUGUUUCAGAUAGUUUAAAAUAUUGAUCAUGCAAGAUAGAAGAACAAAUUUUUGGAGGGUGGAAGUGUUGGAAAUAUUAUAGAUCCUAAUGGGCUGGUUUGCAUAUAAUACUAAACUAUGGUUUAGUGUUAUGUAGUUGAGCUUCAGUGAGUGCCUCUCUAUUUCAUCCACUUUUUGUAUGGCCAGGAAGAAAACUGCUUCUGAGAUCACUCUCAGUUUCAAAAAAAUUGGAUUUCAUAAUAAUAUAUAAGAAUCUAUUAUUAGUUGCUAAAUAAGCCAACUUUAUAACAGGAUUCCUGGUUUUUACGUAAUGCUAAAUCAGGAUUCUUUGAAAUGGUAAGGAAUCUCAUCAUGACCAUGAUGAAAAUGUCAUUGUAUGGGAUUUGGCUAAGGGAAUGCUUAGAACUUACUACAUGUUAAAUAAUUGGAUUUAACAUGUUCAGUUUAGUUAAUUUGUUUUCUAUUCUUUUUUAAAUAUCAGGGUCACGAGGAUGAGGUAUUUGUACUUGAGAGUCACCCCUUUGAUCCUAGAGUUCUCUUCUCUGCUGGCCAUGAUGGAAAUGUCAUAGUAUGGGAUUUGACAAAGGGAGUAAAGAUCCGAUCUUACUUCAACAUGGUAAAUAAUUUGGUUACUUAUAUAAAAAAUGAUGUUAUAGAAGCUCAUUUUUCCUUUAACAAUUGAAAUCAAGUAUGUGGUAUAUACUUAUUAUAGAUGCAUACAUAAUACAGACAGAUUAGUAAUGUAAACACUAGUGUGCUGAUACUUGACAUUUUUCUAGACUUAUUAAUGUAUGUACAUUGGAUAGGUGAUUUAAAAGCUAAUUGCUGCUUAGUCAGUUAAAUCUGAAACCAAGAAUUUGGUGUAGAUCCAUUUUAUUCAUUAUCACAGUUACAUCUCAACUGGAACACCUAUUCAUCACUUGAGGAAUUUUUUCAGUCAGGAUUGUUUGAUGAUGUUGUGUCAGCCCAUCACUAGUCUGUCCAAAUCUGGUCCAUAGUUGGAUCAGGUUUGGGCAAACGUAAGUAAUUUAGGAACACCUUGAACAUGACUUGAAAGAUUAGAUUAAAUUUAUUUUAUAGAAAGAGAAUGAAGAGCAGUAUCCCCUGGUGGAGUUCAUAGAGGUUUAGGGGCUGGUGAUGAUCGCAUGUAACAGCACAAAUGUGCAGAUUGAUGUGGGUGACAUGGUGCUAUAACUAGAUCAUUAAGCAGAAAUUAAACCAGCGUUUCUGAGUUGAGGUGUAACAGGAAACAUUUGCUAUGAUAUUGGAAGUGAGGAGUGCAAAGAGGAGGGAGCCACAGCUUAUUUUCCUGAUAUCAUUAAGUAAACUGGGCCUCUGGCCAAUCUUGCAAAUGGAAAUGUAGUGUACAAGAUAGCAUGUUGAAAUGAGUUGGUCUCAUGUCAUUCAUUGCAUUCAGUCAUACCAAGAAGGUAUAUACAGUCGUACCUUGGAAGUCGAACGGAAUCUGUUCCGAAAGUCCGUUCGACUUCUAAAGCACGGCUUCUGAUUGGCUGCAGGAAGCUCUUGCAGCCAAUUGGAAGCCACGGAAGUCCCGUUGGACGUUGGGCUUCCAAAAAUAGUUCGCAAACCUGAACAGUCAUUUCUAGGUUUGCGGUGUUCAGGAGCCAAAAUGUUUGAGAACUAAGCUGUUCGAAAACCAAGGUACGACUGUACCAGAUGAACAAAGAAGCUCACUAAGAUGCUUACCUGCUCAAUGGACCAAGAUACAAAUGAGCCUUUUGGCCAUGCUCACGUGCUCUUCCCUUCUUGCUGUGCCUAAAUGCAAAACAGACACUAAACAUAGUUUUCUAUUCUGUGCAAACUGGGAAAUGGUGGUUACCAGCUUUGGAACAAACCAGGAUCAUAAAUCUAAUUCAGAACAUGGCUUAAGAUCCUGGGUUGUUCUGAAACUGGUAGUCAUAGUUUCCCAGUUCAGACAAAGCAAGAAGCAAUUACUGUUUUGGUAUUUUCCUGGUUUAAUUAUGGUUCGCAUGAAGGGGCUGUGUACAUUGACAAAGGGGUUGUUGAUAUCUUCGUUUAUUUAGCAGAAGUAUGAUCAUCUGAAUGUGGCUGUGGUCCAGUUGCCUGUAACAGUUAUUCUUUGCCAAUAGCUAUUUAUAAACUUGCUGUAUGAAGGAAUUGGGACCACUUCCUUUAUCCCUUGUAACAGGAACAUUAUUUGUAUACAGUUGCUGCUUUGAACAUGAAAAUUAAGGGGAAUUCUCCUCAUGCUAAUAUUGCUCAUUUCUAAACUCUAUGGUGAAAUCCAACUUUAAAAGAGCACUUGAGAUUUAUUGAAAUGUUAUAAUUGAAUUCUUUUUGCCUAGACUCUCUUUGGAUAGUAUGAUACUAUCUACUAAUUCAGAGCAAAUGGGUUCUUGUAAACUGUAAAUCAAGCAGAGAUUAAGGUUUGUGAUACUCGUGAUUAUUCCACAUCUCAUGCUCAUUCAGUAAAUCCCUUGCAUUUUUCAGUUGUUGUCUCUUGCUGAAGAUAGUGUUGUAUAAAUAGAUAAAACUGAGCCAGUGCAAACCAAUGAGUUGCCUUGUGAUCUUUUAGGGUGCUUCUGUUAGUUGUGGUUAUCACGCACCAUUUUGCUGUUAAGUGUAGCAGACGGCUAUCCAGGUUGUUGAAAAUCUAGUCUUAAUUUCAAAAUUAAGUAUUUCACAUCUCUACUGCUGUUCAGUACUUCCAGCACACCUUUUCAGCAUCUGCCACUUUUCCAACCCUAAGCCUGCACUAUUACAGUGGUGCCUCGCAAGACGAAAUUAAUUCGUUCCGCAAGUUUUUUCUUCUUGCGAGUUUUUCGUCUUGCGAUGCACGGUUUCCCAUAGGAAUGCAUUGAAAAUCAAUUAAUGCGUUCCUAGGGAAACCGACUUCAGACCAGGUCCGGGGACAGUCUGUCCCCGACCUCUUCUGAAGGCUGGGGGGGACAAGGGCUUUUCUUCCCACCCCCAGCAUUUUAAAACCCGGGACAGCGGAGGGCUUCUCCGCUGUCCGGGCGAUCUUAAAAUGCUGGCGGGCGGCAUUUUAAAAUUGCCCGGGACAGCGGAGGACUUCUCCGCUGUCCGGGGCAAUUUAAAGCCCCUGGGAAGGCAGGCAGGGGGACAAAGACUUUGCCCCCCGCCAGCCUUCAGAAGAGGUCCUGGACCUCUUCUGAAGGUUGGCGGGGGCGAAGUCUUGUCCCCCACCUGCCUUCAAAAGCUGUCCAGCCAAGGCUCGCGGACCUCUCCGCAAGCAGCGGCAGCACUGCCGCUGCUUGCGGAGAGUUGCCGGCAUGCCGAAGCCUGCGCGCGCUGAGAUCAGCGCGCCCAGGCUUCGCGGACCUCUCCGCGAGCAGCGGCAGCGCUGCCGCUGCUGGCGGAGAGUUGCCGGCAUGCCGAAGCCUGCGCGCGCUGAGAUCAGCGCGCCCAGGCUGCGCGGACCUCUCCGCGAGCAGCGGCAGCGCUGCCGCUGCUCGCGGAGAGUUGCCGGCAUGCCGAAGCCUGCGCGCGCUGAGAUCAGCGCGCCCAGGCUCGCGGACCUCUCCGCGAGCAGCGGCAGCGCUGCCGCUGCUCGCGGAGAGUUGCCGGCAUGCCGAAGCCUGCGCGCGCUGAGAUCAGCGCGCCCAGGCUUCGCGGACCGGAGAUUUCCCUAUGGGCUUUCGUCUUGCGAAGCAAGCCCAUAGGGAAAUUCGUUUUGCGAAGCGCCUCCAAAACGGAAAACCCUUUCGUCUAGCGGGUUUUUCGUCUUGCGAGGCGUUCGUCUUGCGGGGCACCACUGUAAUUAGAUUGCCCUUAUUGGGGAUUAGAUCCUGUUGAAAUCAGGACUUUCUUUCAAGUAAACAUGUAAAGGAUCAGGCUCUGAAUGCUGUGUUAAGAAAAACUACGAAACUGGUAGUCAGAUGACUUUUCUAAGUAAACUAAUUCUGUUUAACGAAUUUGUAGACAGACUUGUAAGUCUUACAGCACUGAACGUUUGAAUAGCAUCUGAUGUGAGAUACAAGGCUGUAUCCAUCGCAGGCAUUGUUAGCACAAAUGCAUUUUUAAGCUUGUGCUGUGGAACUUCCUCCCUUCCCAUGAUACAAAGGGUCCAACCUCCUUUCCCUUUGAUAUCAAAGACUAAAAAUUGUGCCAUUAGAGAGCUUGAGUUGAUACAAAAUUUAUGUAGCUAUCUUUAAUAAAGGUUGCUUAUCCUAUUCAACAACCCCUUCUUUGACUCUUUUUAGGAUAGAAUAGUAAAUGCUUUUCUCCAUCUCUUUGGUCCUGUUGUUUGGAAGUAAAUUCUAUUUGAACUAAAUGGAAUUUACUGUCAGGUAAUAUGUUUAUUACUAUGACUUCUUGUUUACUGAUUUUGAAGCACAUCUAGAAUUUUGAAGAGCAUGGAGUUACACCAUAAUCUCUGGGCCCGCUAUGCUGUAUACACUAAUCAAGACAACCUCUGUACCUUAUUUUCUCGAUGAGAAAUAGGACUAUUUAUCAUUCUCUUUCUUCAGAGAAUGCAAGGUUCAGCUAGCUCUUAUUUGUGGAAGGGAACCCCAUUUCCUCGCUUGCCUUGCCGUGGUUAGGUGAAAGUGUUUUGCGCUUAAGUGCCACUGAAAUUAUUUUGCAACUGGGAAUAUUGGUAGAGUACAUAGGGCAUGAAAGUUCAGAGUGGUGAUUGGUCACCUGUGCUUGGUUGACAGGUUUCAGGGAAAAACAAAAACCCAUUUGUUCUGGAUUAAUGGAAGUGGAAAACCUGAAAAUGAGUAUCAGGUAAAUUCUUUUUAAAAAUAUUUGCAGUUCUUUAUAUGAGUUGCAAUCAAUCAAAUACAGUGUUCAGGUUGAAAGUAAAAAGCAACUAGUUCAAAUAUCCUUAUUACAGUGGCAACAAUUGGGCAAGUGCUUUAAAUAAACAGAAUUCAUUGUGGUUUGCAAGAAGGGCCAAGAACUAAUUUAGCACUUAGUCAUGAAAUGAGACCAAAGGGCAACUGUCAAAUACUUUUGUUCCCAUGUUGUAAACUAAUUUUUAUUGCAGCUUUUAAUGAUAGUUACAGUAAUAGCCUGAUCCUAAACAUGUUUACUUAGAAGUAUCUUCAAAUGAGACUUGCUUCCUAGCAAUAGAAUAUUAGGAUUACAGCUUUGUCUUUAUUGAAAAUAUAGUGGAGGAAAAUGUAUAUCCUCCUUAAGAAUAACUAUAUGAAAGACAGUGUAAACUUAAUUGAGUAACCUUAUAUUUUUUCUUAAAAUGUCAGAAGGCAGGAAAUGUAGUAUUGUUUAAUGAAUGGUGUAUCGGACUUUGCUUACAAGUGAUAUAAAAAAAUAAACCACGCUGAAUGUAAUUUUCAUCUAACAGCAUAUUUCCUUUUAAAAAUAGGUUUGUCAUGUGUUUGAAAAUAAUAUGACAAUUUUGGUUAGAAGUUUGUUGAUAUUGUGUGUUGUUGUAUUUUAGAUUGAAGGACAAGGACAUGGGGCAGUGUUUGACUGCAAGUGUUCUCCUGAUGGCCAGCAUUUUGCCUGUACAGACUCUCACGGUCAUCUUCUGAUCUUUGGAUUUGGCUCCAGUAGCAAAUAUGACAAGGUAUCGUGCAGAAAACAGCUUAAAUUUGUUUCAGUUGUAGCUUUUGUACAGGAUCUAUAAUUUACCAUGGCCAUCCAAACUGACUCUGGUUUAUAUCCAGAUACUCCUGCAUUUAUGUAGCUUUUCCUAUUUCCUAUUUAAGUAGGAAAAGCUAUUUAAAUAGGAAAUCGGAAAAGCUACAUAAAUGCAGGAGUAUCUGGAACACAAGUGUUUCUGUAGCUUGCUAGUGCUUUAUGGCUCUUCUGAAGUUGACUCUUAAAAUAAUAAUAGGAAAGAGCUGCAGAUAACAAUGAAAUACUAGUUUUGUCUAUAAUUUAAAAUUUGAUUUAUUUACAGAUAGCAGAUCAGAUGUUCUUUCACAGUGAUUAUCGGCCUCUCAUCCGUGAUGCCAACAACUUUGUAUUGGAUGAACAGACACAACAAGCACCACACCUCAUGCCUCCACCAUUUUUAGUUGAUGUUGACGGUAACCCUCAUCCAUCAAGAUACCAGAGAUUAGUUCCAGGACGUGAAAAUUGUAGAGAGGAGCAACUUAUUCCCCAGAUGGGGGUAACUUCUUCAGGUAUCAACAACUUCAACUUGACAUGGGCCUUUGAAGUUUUAUUUGAGUAUGCAGUAUUCAACAGGAUUUCCAAGGAAGAUGUCUUAGCACUGUUACCAGACUAAAUUCACAGAGUGAUGUGCAUAUGGGAAAAGCAAUGAGAUAAUGUUAAUUAUUUUCCAGCAUUAUUUAUGCUCUCAAUGAUCACUAAUAAAGGGGCAAUGUCACAUUCAUAACCUCCAACUACCUUUAAUGCAAAGGGGAAUCACUUUCUAAUAUUCCAAUACUUCUAAUACAUUGAGAAAUUAUGGAUCAGCUGAAGAACUAAAUUCAAAUUCUGCUUUUCAUAGGACUGAACCAGGUUUUGAGUCAGCAAGUUAGCCCCUUGGACAGCAUGAUACAGAGACUUCAACAAGAGCAAGAUCAAAGGCGAUCAGGAGAGGCUGGAACUAGCAACACUAACAGAGUUGGCCGGGGUAAAAUAACUCCUUAUUUAAAUAGCCAAAUAAGCAGGAUCUGACUUGCCUCCAUUCAGUAUAUCACAUUUAUGGAAAGGGGGCACUUGAGCACAAUAAUAAUGUCUCUCAUCACUUUCCAGUAAUAAAAUGUAUUUGUUUUUAAACCAAGGAACUUCAUCAAAUUGCAACUAGCAGGAAAGCUUAAGGUAGUUACAGAAGCUGUCUUCAGACAUUAAAAUAAGGAGUGGAGUGAACUCAUGAGGAGGGUAGUAGGGAUGAGCACUCAAGUCUCAUGCUGUGUUGCCAUUUCGGUUACACUCCGUCUUGCAAAGGGUGACUGUUUGAAGCAGGGAGCCUUCUGCUCACGAAGGUUCCCCAUUCAUUUUAGAUCCCUGGAAAAUAAGAAUUUGCAUUGUGUGGGGAGCCUCCUUGUACAAGGAGGUUCCCUGCUUCAGAUUUUCACCCUCUAAAGGGGGCAGUAGAAGUAGGGUGCUAAUUUCUGCUGGCUCCCUCCAUGUGUUCACUUCAAUCAUUGUAACACCUGAAGAAGGCAAUAGUGGCACCCAUUUUACAGUUUACAGCCUAAAUUAGUUGAAUAUAGUGGACUUACAGUAGUGCUUUAUAAGGGUGGUUAAUUUAUAUUGCCAAGCUACCUAACUAUAUUUAGAAAUUGUAUUUUUAAUCUACAUGUAAUUGUCUUGCCUGGAAUCCUGAGUUGUAUUUCUGUGAACAGAACAAAUACUCUUUCUGUGGAAGGGGUUCAGUUUCAGCAAAGGCUCUUGGAGCUGGGAAGGUGUAUUUUCCUGAUACCCUCUAUGGCUUUCAGUGCCACUUUUCACACUGUUCUGCCGGGGGAGGGGGGGUUUCCCAAAUCUCUGUAGCCAACUUUUGAGCUGGGCUGUGGGGAGAUGGGGAAAUUGUGAAAAUCCCCCUUUCUGCCAGCAGUAACAUGCUGUGAGUGAGUUUGUUCACAGGAAUUAGGUUCUAAGCCAUUAAUUUUAUGCAUCAGAUUCCCUCAGAACUGUCUCUGAAAAUAUUGUUUUUCAUUUCAAAGGCUCUGUAAACUCUACCUCUGAGGUACAUUCACCACCAAAUGUGGGGUUAAGACGCAGUGGACAGAUUGAAGGAGUGCGGCAGAUGCAUAGCAAUGCACCAAGAAGUGAGAUAGCUACUGAGAGAGACCUAGUGGCAUGGAGUCGAAGGGUUGUGGUACCAGAGCUGUCAACAGGAGUAGCUAGGUAAAUUCAAGUAUCUUGGUAUCAAGUUGCUAAGUUUGAAUAGCUAGGCUUACAAUUAACCUUGGAAUUUAUUUGUACAUAUUUCAUUUAAAAGCCCCAAACUGGUAUCAGCCUUCACAGGAUGCUUUUGCUUUUCUUUAAGUCCAUAUAACAAGCAGUGUUCUCAGAUUUAUUAUUGGAGGAAUGGCUGCAGAUACAGAAUCUCUUCUUUCACUUGCUGUGCCUGGAGUAUAUCUAUUAUGCCCUUAGUGGUCACCUUUAAAACAAAAAAAAAUUAUCACCCAUGUUGGUUCGGGAGAAUCUGCACCAUUAGGGUCCUGAACAUCUAGCCUUGACUUAAUCAUUCUUUAUCUUUUACUGUAUAUAUUCAAUUUGCAGAAAGAGAUAUUCUAUGGUACUGUUAAAAGUUCAUCUUUAUGACACAGGGAAAAAAUCGCCACAUUUAAAAUGUGGGUUAAUUCUGUGAGCCAGAAGUGGGUGUGCAUUCCUUGGACUUAACAUUUUAGGACUCUAAAAUGUUCAUUACAAAAUUGUUCAGUUUUGUGAAUAUGAAUAAAUGUGUGUACAGAUCUAUCAUCUUUUUCACCUUUUGCGGGGAUUAAAAUUUUUGGUAUGCUAUUUUAAAACUGCAGAAGGAGUUGUUGAUUUAUGUUGGCAUAUAUACUUUGGAGUCCUACGUUGUCAAACAUGGAACAUAUUGAAGUGUGUGGGCACAUGGCCUCUUCUCCAGGAAUUGGCAUGGACCUUGUAAUUCUACUGCAUGUAGAAUUAUACUGUAAAAUACGUGCACAUUAGUAUCUAAAUUUCUCUUUUGUAGUAGGCAGGAGGAAUGGAGAACAGCAAAGGGAGAAGAAGAAAUCAAGUUAUACAGGUCAGAAGAGAAAAGAAAACACAUUAUCCCUCAUGUUCCUAGAGAGAAUAAAAUACCAUCUUUACCUAAGGUAAGCAGUGAACCAUUGUCUCUAAUGCAGUCCCUCAUGAAAGGUGCAGCCCUAAACAGAAUUACUUUCAACUAAGCCUUAUUGCAAUCAGUAGGAAUUAUUGCUGGGUAGACUCAAAUAUAAUUGGGAUAGAAGUCUGAUAUAAGGUAGAACAGGAUUUCAACCAUAGCAAGGCAGAUCUUCGGGAAAGCUGAGGGUAUAUGGGAUAGUAGGGCAUGGCUUUUUAGGGGUGAUUUUUUUUUUUGCAAAUUUCUUCUAUGAGGGGGGCGGGUCUUUAAAAUAUGCUUUUGGGUGUGAGGAAUUCAAAUCUGGGGUUUUUUUUGAUGAAGAAGCACAUAAAUUGCUUUUGGAAAACCAAAUAAUUUUAAUUUUACUUUCUGAAAAUGUAAACUAAAUGUGAAUGCUAAAUAAUAUUAAUAUAUAAUAUAACUACAAGUACUUGGAAAUUAUUUUUACUGAUUUCUGUGCAAUUCUACACACAUUUUACUUACCAAGCAAAACUAUAUUAUAUAUAUUUAACAAAAAUAUUUUUGAAUUCCCAAGUCGUGUUACCACUUUAUAGUACCUCUCAUUUUUUUAAAUUUUAAAGUUGAAAAACUUAACAUACCCUAGGAUGUUGUAGCAGUAUGUGAGCUGGAUCAGUUGCUCCAAGCACAACCCUACUUUUGUAUACUUAGAUAAAAUGUUGCAGUUGCUUCAUCCCGAUCUUCUAUAUCAUAAAAACCAUAUAAAGUUAAAUCUGUUAAAAAAUUCAAUCUACAUGUUAAGAUCGUUCAUCAAAAAGAAUUUGGGAACAGUGACUUCUUGUGUAUCUUCUUGUAAUGGCCAUUUUGUGUCUUCCUAGAAUCAUUCUCAUGAUCAUCUGUUAGAUGUUGGUGAUUCAAAAAAGCAACAGGCCAACCAACAUAACUACCGUACUAGAUAUGCACUGGAAGAAACUGCCAGGCCAAAUGAAGAUGCGGAAAAAGGAAGCAGUUCCUCUGAAGUAAGACACUGAAUUAUAUUUUAUGGGACGGUGACAGUAGCAUUCAUUCAAGUUUAUGUUGGUGGUGGGUCAACAUUUUUGUGUGACAUUUCAGUUGCAUGCAUCAAAACUGUUGCAUGACAUACUUGCUUUAGCAAGGCAGUGCUGCAGUGUGGAGGGCUCCUGUUCAUCAUGCCUGGCAGCCAGGCCCCUCUUCCAGGAAACAGCAUGUGGGUGGGGGAGUGCAGGGAGCAGUAGAUGAAAAUUGGAGAGGGAUCUACAGGAAAGGGACCUCUGCUGGAAGUUGAUUCUGCCUUUGUGAACAGAAGGAGCCCUUUGCUCACAGGGGACAAGUCUAGACCAAACCCAACUAAUAUUUCUUAGAAGAAAUAUUGUUGGACACACACACACACAUAUAUAAUAUAUGAUGUUUGUAUUAUGUGGAUAGAUAUUAUAUUCUAGUAUGUAUUACUAGUUAUAAACAAACAUUAUAUUCCCUUGCUCUUAGGAGGGAGAAGUAGUUGUUGCAAGUGGAGGAACAUCUGAAGACGAGAGGAAAGCAUGGCACAGUGAUGGCAGUUCUAGGUAAGAGACUGAAUAUAAAGGUCCAUAAAGGUUGUUAAAUGCACGUGUACACACACACUCUCUCUCUAUAUAUAUAGCAUAAAGGAAAGAAAGAAAUUUAAAAAGGGAAAAAAAUAAAAACAAUGAGAUUAAGAAAAGAUGGAUUAACAAACAGUUAUGGAAUGCAAAAGAAAGAAAGAAAGAGAAAAGAAAAGAAAAGAAAAGAAAGAGACAAAGAAGAAAAUAAAAUACUUAGGCUGGGAUCCAAGCUGCUGUACAUGCACAGGGGAUUUUCAUCAUCCCCUUUUAAGCGCCAGUCUCUUCCAUACUUUGAAACCCACUCUCAAGGUAGUAAGAUGCUCUAGGGUAGCAGUCCUAUAUCCCUUGCAUAUAUAGUUCAUGUAUUUGUAGGUCCCAGCUAUAGUCUAUAAGAUUUUCCUGUCUAAGCUAAAGCAAAACUCGAACACUGAGAAUGGGUUUCCUGUAGUUUGAAUAGAUAGACAUUGAAGAAACAUGCAUAAAUAUAUUUUGGUCUAGAGGAUAACUUUAGUUUAAGUAAAUGAAGGAACUGGAAAUUUGUCAAAAAAGUAUUCUGUACUGAUAUUUUUGCAAAGUCUGUAUACUUGGGUCACUAGAUAAAGGCAAAGCAUUGUUGAGCUAAUGCACAAAAUGUAAGAAAUCAUUUAAAUAACAGAAGAGGAAGUGUAACAGUGAUUAAAAACAGUACUUCAUGGGCCUAUUUUUUGAGGCGUUCAGUAGAACAAUUAUUCUUAAAUGUUUAAUAGCAGAAGUAUAUUUAAGGAGAUUGGAAAAGUAGUUCUGCAGUUUUGCAAGUGACUGAUUUCAUGUAUUACACAGAAUGGUAACCUGAACCUGGUUAGUAUAAACUAGAAAACAGGAAAUUUUAAAACAUUAUAAAUGUUACUUCAAGUACAGUAAAUGUUAACUAUAAGUAUCAAUAUUCUAUUUUUUCAAGCUUAUAGUUGUAUUUGGGACCCAAAGAUAACCGCUAUAUUGGAAAUAAGAUUAAAUAUGUGUUAAUUGGAAUAUUUAAGGAAAGUUUCAUAAUUCGGUAGUUUUUAUUUUAAAAAUACAUUCUACUCUUGUAUACCUGUUUUUAUGCUUAGGAUUAUGUUCAUCCUUUAGCGAUCCAUUCAGGAAAUGCAUGUAGAGUCAAUCAAUUCUAGUUUUAGUAAGGGUGGGGUAGGAAACACUUAAAUCUUCUUAGCAUCAUCAUCAUCAUCAUUUAUACCCCACCCAUCUGGCAGGGUUUCCCCAGCCACUCUGAGCGGCUUCCGACAAAAUAUUAAAAUACAGUGGUCUGUUAAACAUUAAAAGCUUCCCUAAACAGGGCUGCCUUCAGAUGUCUUCUAAAAGUCUAGUUGGUGUUGUUCUCUUUGACAUUUGGUAGAAGGGCGUUCCACAGGGUGGGUGCCACUACCGAGAAGGCCCUCUGCCUGGUUCCCUGUAACUUGGCUUCUCGCAGCGAGGCAACCACCAGAAGGCCCUCGGCGCUGGACCUCAGUGUCCGGGCAGAACGAUGGGGUGGAGAUGCUCCUUCAGGUAUACUGGGCUGAAGCCAUUUAGGGCUUUAAAGGUCAGCACCAACACUUUGAAUUGUGCUUGGACACAUACUGGGAGCCAGUGUAGCUCUCUAGAUUUUAAGUCCUAGCUGGAAAGUUAUUUUUGUGUGUGUUAAGCUUGUGUAAAUUUAUUAUUGGUUUGUUCUUUCUUCUAGUGACUAUUCUAGUGAUUAUUCAGACUGGACAGCAGAUGCUGGAAUUAAUCUGCAACCACCAAAGAAAGUUCCUAAAAUUAAGACUAAGAAAGCAGAAAGCAGCUCAGAAGAUGAGGAAGGUCCUGAAAAACAGAGGCAAAAGCAAAUCAGAAAGGAAAGAAAAAAAGAUACUGAAUACAAAGAUGGUCCAACAUCACCAAAGAAAAGGAAACCCAAAGAGAGAAAGCAAAAGGUUGUUAUUAUAGUAGUAGAAUAUUAGCUAAUAUAAACAUUAUUCUGAUUAGCAGUAAUGUUUCUUUAAUUGUUGUCAAUAUUGAUCCCUAUGAAUGGCAGUUAUAAUUUUAAGGCACCCACCACACUACAUUAAUGUACUUACAUGUUUCUGAACUUGAAAGUGCUACUUUCUUUUUUUACUUUGCAAGAGUUUUGAAGUCUUGCAUGUGUUAAAUACACAGGAAAGGAAUCCUUUCAUCAACAGAAGAGAACCUCUUUGAUCCAACCCAUUAGUAGAGUGGUUUUGUUCUCAUGCAGUGUGACUUUCAUUCAGAUUAAAUGUAGUGAUGGUACCUGUCCUCCUUGUGCAUUUUGAAUGCACCUUUUUUUUUUAAUCAUUCACCUGUGGAAUGCUUUUAUGUUAAUCCAUUGUCAUAGAGGACAGCCACAUAAAAGCUGUUUGGGGACUUGGAACAACAACCUUGGUUGUAUUCCUGUAUUUCUUCUGUGUUUUCUACUACUUUGUAGGGCUUUUCCAGAUAUUGUUUUGGAUCUCAAGUUGCUCCUCUGUUCCUGUAAGAAAGAAGGACAUUUCUGUAAAACCCCUUCUCUAUUUGUAGCCCUCUGUACCAUAUCCCACACUGUUCAUUAGGGCCUCCCAAUCCCAGAGCAGAUUUCUGAAGUAGCAGAAUGCAUAAAGGGAAUGGGGAGGCAGGAAAGCUCUGUUCUGUGAAAGUAAAUUCUGUUCUGUUCAUAGAUGUAUGUUUGGAUCCGAGCCAAUGUUUUUCUGCAGCAGUUGCCUACUUGUUGAUUAAUUGUACAGGAUCCUGAGUACCUGUGUGUGGGGGCAGGGACUGCCAUCCCUUGAAUGGCAAAAUCCUAACCUGUUUCACAUAGAAUGCUAAACUAUGGUGUGUUUGUGUCUAGAAUAUUUAUAUCUAUUUUCUAACAGAAAAUUACUCAAUAUGAUUUAAUGUUAUUUGCCCAAGCCUCAGUCCAACCCCCUGCAAUGCAGGAAUAUGCAGCUCUCCCAUAUGAGAAUCAGACUUGCAACCUUGACAUUAUCAGCACCAUGCUCUAACCAACUGAGCUAUCCAGGCUAACUGUAGCUUCUCAUGACAUCCAAACCAGGACAAAUGGCAGUUAGUCUUAGGUAUGAUUAGUGGAAAUGAACCAAAUUGAUUUAUGAAGCUGGCUUGUUUUCACUAACUACAGUAUAGUUAAGAUUAACCACAACUGAGUUUGGAUGAAGGCUAAAUUGUGCUUAAUUUAAAGCAGAAGCUUCCGAUUUCCAAACCAGAGACUGAAUUGCAGGGUUGGUCUAUAUAUCAGAUAGGAGACAACUUGCAAUGUAUCUAAUCUCCAUUUACUGGUCCCACUGCUUCAAUCUUCAUGGCUUCACUAAUUCUUUUCAUUAAAAUUGUGGGGACCCACCAUUAAAAAAUAGCAGUUGGUAAAAAGCAUACUCUGCAGUAAGGAUGUGAAGAUGGUGACUAUCUUUUGAAAAUUUACUUUGAAGACCUCAAUUAGGCUUUAUUUUAAUAAUGUGGAUAUGAGCACAACCAAGGUAAAUUCAAGCUUAUAGAAGAUUUUGAUACUGUGUGUUUAUAUUCUAAUAGACUUGCUUUCUACUUUCCAACUGUAUUCCUCAAAGCAACUCCAAACAUUAAGGAAAAAGAAUGGACACAUUGAAAACCAUGUACUUAAAACAAACAAACAAGCAGCUGAGCUGGAAAAGGAUCAGCCACUUAACAUAAGCUUUCCCUUUCCCCCUCUCCCUCCUGGAAUCCUUUCCAGACCGUAGUUGCUGUUAAUGGCUGCAUAGCAUGAGAGAGAACAGUGUUGCUAGAGCAGCAUUGCAUUUGGACAUUUUUUAAAUUAAUGAAAAACAUUUUGGGUGGUUUCCCAAACCACACAAUUGAAUUUAUUUCAAACCGGAUAGUUAGAAAAUACAGAUUCUGUAAAUAACAAUUUUGUAUGCAAUAAGAAGAUUCUCUUAGAUUUUCGUUGUUGUGUAUACUGUGUAUAUACGGACAAUGACAAUAAAUUUAUCUAAUCUAAUCUAAUCUAAUCUCUCUGCAUUACAGAGAGCUGUUUCUUCAUCUCUGCACCUUUCUAUAUAUCCACCCAUCGAAAAAAGUUAGCUCCCAGGGUUCCACUAUGCUUAGAAUCAUAAUGAGAACUGAAUCUUGCAACAGAGCUAAAUUAUGCAGAUAGUGUCUGGGUCGAUUCUUAGUGGCAACCAGUGGAUCAAUGGGAUGAAGCAAAUGAACUGCAAAUUGAGGUAUAGCGGAAGUGGUUGAGUUGCCUUACAGUAGGUUUCCCACAAAGCACCCACCCACUUGUGCCUUCCCAUGGUCCAGGCAAUAUAUACCCUCCAUGCACACACAGGAACAGAUGUGCUAGUAAAUACACAAUCUUUCAUUUUCAGAGUUCUAUCACAGUCUAGCAUAAGAAGCAGGGCCCGUGGUGGGAGUCCUAUGUAGACAAGGGGUGUGUCAGGUUUGCUCCUGUUACAAACAUUCUCCUAUUUCGUUUUUCCCCCCAGGAUGGCUAACCAAAAUAUUUCAAAUUAAAUAUAUUUUUCAGUAAUUCUUUAGACUUCUAAUGAUGCCUCAAAUACAGUUGUUGUUUUUUAAAUAAAAAAUCCUAGAGAUUAAUUCAGAUUUAUUGGGGGGGGGGGUUCUUUUAGAGGUUGGCUGUGGGAGUGUUGGCAGAAAAUGGCUUGACAUUGGAAGAAUGGCUGCCUUCUGUGUGGAUCACAGACCUUGUUCCUCGCCGAUGCCCAUUUGUACCACAAAUGGGAGAUGAGGUACGUUUAAAAAAUUCUUUUUCUCCCUUUAUUCUGUGCUCUGUCUAUGUAUUCUUGUUUUAUUGUAUUAGUCUAUUUUCAGAGUAAUUAAAACAAAAACAAAGCAGAACACUGGAAUAACCCAGAACAGUGGUGCUUGUUUUUAAAAUACCAGUUAUCUCUACUUGUCACUAUUGAGUGAUUCAGACACCGGGGUGCAAACAGUAUAAGAGGAAUGCAUUGCAAUUCAUAGAGAAGGAAAAACUAUAUAUGAGAUGCUUGUCUCUUAGGCCUGUAUACUCUUCAGUCCACAAGAUGUGUGAACCUUGCAAAUCAUUGCAGUGGUGAGGUGUGCAGAGUUAAGAGAACAUUUCCCCCCUCCCUUAUUUCUUCUCCCUUGGCAGGCUGCUGGGAACCCUUAACAAAAUUUGCCAUGCUAUAACACUUUGUUGCAGAGCCAUGCUUGUUCUCUGUGUCUUAUAUUCUGGUGUGAGUACAGUGGCUUAGAUAGUUAAAACAGCACCAUUCCUGCAGAAGUAGCAACAGGCUUGGAGGAAUUCCUAUGUCUGCAGAAGUGCAAAGAAUCAUAUAGGGGGGAGAAUUUUAAAGGACCCCCACCAUCAAAACCCCCAGCGAUAGAGGAGCAUGCUCAGUAGCCAUGGAAUGCUGUCUGGCUGUUGUGUUUAAAAAGGAAAAGGCUAGCGGGAGUAGAAACAGAUUUGUAGCAGAGGACAUGACUGGAACAGUGAAAAUGAGGUAAGGGAAGAGGUGGCCACUGGUCAGGAAGUAGAAAUGACAAAUUGCAUGUCCUCUGAUAUUUAAGUAUAUGUUAUGCGGCUGGGUAAAUGGACUUCCAAGUUUUAAAAAGAAGAGAAUUUCAAGAAAAAUAUCUCUAGACAUUUAAUGUUUUUGAAUCACCAACUUUUUCACACAUCAAGUAAGGUGGCAUUUUUUUUUUAAAAAAAGUCUCUCUUCUAUUCUUAAGGUAUAUUAUUUCCGACAAGGCCAUGAAGCGUAUGUUUUAAUGGCAAAGAAGAACAAAAUAUAUAGCAUUAAUCCGAAGAAACAGCCAUGGCAUAAGAUGGAACUACGGGUAUGUCUCUUCUGUUUCCCCCUUUAAGUUCUGUAUGUGUUUAUCUUGGAGUAACUCCCCUAAACUCAGAAGGAUUUAUUACUUUGUAGGCAUACGUAGGUUGUCCUCUAAAAUAAACCAUGGCAAGGUGGCAUUCUUUAUCCUUGACCUUCUCCUAUCUUGUGUGCAUUUCCCUCCAUCCCUUGCUGCCAUUGACUGUUCCUAACUUCUUGUAAGUUGAGUGCAAUUUCAAUGUUUUGUGGUCAUGACAGCAAAGGAUAAAUAUAUUGCCAAAUGAAGAGUGGCUGUUAGCAUAGUCCUCUUUCUUAUGUUUUUGUAUAAUGUUUGCAUAUUAAGUUUCUGUAUAAUUGAUAGACCACAUUGCCUUCUCCUCAGCCCCCUCUCAUGUACUGUAGUAUUUGAAUCACAUUCUCUAUCGUCUUUAGACACUGAAGUAAUGUACGACAUUAAAUACAUUAAAAAAUUACUAAAAAGUAGACUCCAUUUCACUUCAAAAUACAAGGAAAUAUAUGAUAAAGCUUAGAACUCCCAGACUACUUUUGCUGUCAUAUGUUAACUCGAGUUUCUGUUGUGUUUUCUUAGUUUACUUAAUGCAAGGCUUUUUUUUGGUCUCCAUCAGGAACAAGAACUCAUGAAAAUAGUUGGAAUAAAAUAUGAAGUUGGGCUACCUACACUUUGCUGCCUUAAACUUGCUUUUCUUGACCCAGAUACUGGUAAAUUGACUGGAGGAUCUUUUACAAUGAAGUAAGGACCACUGUUCACAUACAGCUGUUGUAAUAUUUGUGGCUAAAUAAAUAUUUGUAAUAUGCUCGCAAUGGAUCUAAAUUAAAAGGUCCUUAUAAAAUGAAGCUUAAAAGGGCUUCCUAAGUAACUUUCAAAUAUUCAUCACUUUGAGCUUCUGAAAGAAAUUCCUUCUUCCCUUUCUUUUACCUGUUGAAAAUAGAAGUCAAGAGAAGAUAAGAGAGCAGUAAUGGGCUAUACUUCUGUGUGCACGCCUUCAUUUUAAUCAGCCCCCCCACUUCCCAGCAAUUCAGUGUUAAUUUGGUCUUCUACCAAACUUCUACUUUAUCCCUUAGUGUAUUGGGGACGGACGGACACUGAAGUUCUUCUACAAAGUCUACUAAAUCUUUACUUGGCAUUGAUAUGUUCUCAAAUACUUUUGGCUAUGAAAUAGCAAACACCUUUCUUAUUAUUUUUGUCUUAUUUUGGUUAUAUCCAGGUAUCAUGACAUGCCAGAUGUUAUAGAUUUCCUAGUCUUAAGGCAGCAGUUUGAUGAUGCAAAACACAGACGCUGGAACAUAGGUAAGUACCUUUAAUACAAUCACUGUAUCAGUAAUUUUGGGAGGUGUUAACUAUAAUUCUGAGCAUUAAAUAUAUAUACGGAUUAUUUACUCAAACCUUCUAAGUUUUCUGCUUUGAACUAGAGAUGCCAGACUCAAUGUAUUUUCCCAAUUUUGCGUUUACUUUUUUAAGGAAGGUAAAAGCUGAGCUGAAUAGGUCAAUGCAGAAAACUGUGGCAACAUGGCUUUUAUCCAGCUAAUUAAAGGCCUGCAAAGCCUGAGCUCCUUGAUUAAGAACAGAAGUCCUUUGAACCAAGAUCUCAGAUUUUGGGUGGAUGAGUGAAACAGGAAGCCAUAUAGAUUCACGUUAAAACAAGUUGCCUCACCUGAAUUUUAGAAGCAACAAUAAUUGAAAGCAAUUAUUAAAGCAGAAAAUUUUAAAAAUUCAUUUCUAUACUAUACAAUUGACUAUAGGAUUAUGAUAAAUCUUUUAUUUCUUAACAAUACUAAUCAAUAUUAGUAUUGAUUAGUAAUACUAACAUAGAUAUUACUUUUGCAAUACAGUUGGGUAUGAAAAACUUAAAAAAAAAAAAUCUGAAGAGAAUUUAAACAUUUUUGUUUUAGUAUAUUUUUAGGAGUAUGUUCUGAAUGAAUAAACUAUUGUCUGCCUUGUCUUCUCCUGUAAUUGUAAGUCAAAAAACGGGAUUUCAGGGCCCAUCUUUUAUCCCUGGAACAACAGUGUCUGCUGAACAGAUAGUUAGUGCUGUCAGUACUGAUCACAUACAGGGGUGGGGAGAGAGAACUGAAUGGAGAGGAAUCAGCCCUCACCCUCUAAGCCAGGUGAACAGAGCUGGCUAAAGCCCACAUGCAGGAUGCAGAUCUGCAUUUGAACUGUUCAUGUCUCAUAUGUUGAGAAAAUGAAUGCUGUAGUAGGAGGAAGGAAUAUGGGCCAAAUUUAUGGCUGCCUUCUUUAUAUCUGGAAACAGACUGCUUCUGUCAUACAGUCUCAACAUGAGAUUAGAGGAUGUGACACAGACCUCUUUAAUAACAAAGAGCCUCUGUGGCAUCUUACCUUUGGGAGUAUUUUGCAGCCCGCUGAAAUGAAUCUUCUUUUGUCAAGCUUAUCUGGUUGUAAUGGUGUCAUUAGAGUGCUGAAGCUUUAUGCAGUCCUGCUAAUGGAAAGUUGUCAGGGUGUUGCAUCUUCUUGUUUGUUCAAUAGUUGGCAAAAGCUACCUCUAAUAAUAUUGGUCAUGAUUAUAAGAAACUGUUAAGAUACAGUUCUAUCCCUUCUGGAGUAAAGACGUGACUUUGUAUUCUUGUCCAGGUGAUCGAUUUAGAUCAGUAAUUGAUGAUGCUUGGUGGUUCGGAACAAUAGAAAGCCAAGAACCUCUUCAGCCUGAUUAUCCUGACAGCUUGUUUCAGUGCUACAAUGUCUGGUUAGUAGCUUUUGCUUUAUACAUGGGGUUUUAUUUUUCUCUUUUGGUUUUUAACCUCAUGUGUGUUUAAUCAUUAGCUGGUACAUUUUCUACCUGCAUUUUGUUGAAAAUAUUUUUGGGGUAAAGUGUUGAUCAUCUACAUAUUCAGAUAAGUAAUAGUAACUUUAACUUGAUUGUAAUUUUCUCUCUCUCUCUUGAAGUUGGGACAAUGGAGAUGCUGAGAAAAUGAGUCCUUGGGAUAUGGAGCCUAUACCAAACAAUGGUAUGUGUCUACUUUCCCCUAGAUGUACAGAAAGGAGACAGAACUUACUAUGUACGUAUGUGAUGAACUAUAAAGAAGUUAAGCUGAUUAUGCUAUAAAAGAAGGGAAAACAAAUCAAUUUCUUUAUUACAUUAAUAAAAUGUCUGUGAACUAACUCAUUACCUGUCUUAAGAAAAUUGAACAUUGCAUUUUGGUUGCCUGGUUUUCAGAAAUUGAUACAAAAUUUUGUUGUUAAACUACUUGGAAGCAAACAUUUUGCAAAGACUCCAAAACUUGUCCUUCCAUUGCAUUGCUGGGGUGAAUUCCCAAGGUCAGAGUUCAUAACACUGCUGGAUUCACUGUAAUAAAUCCUUACUCUGUUAAGUUCAGAUAUUGAUAUAUAAAUUGAUUAAAUUUAACACUUUAGAAGUAUUAUGAUGAUUGCUUCUACUCAUGAGUGGUAAAGUGGAAGAAUGAAGACUCUGUCCCAGUUAAUUUGUUUAUGUAGGUCAGGUGUGGGAACCUCUGGCCCUUCAAAUGUUGCUGAACUACAACUCACAUUAACGUUAGCCAUUGGCCAUGGUUGCUUUGGCUGAUGUGAGCUGUAGUUAAAUGCUUGGAGGGCCAAAAAUCUCCCACUUUGGUGUUGGUGAUCACUUGAAAUAUCUGUAUGGAGACAGCGGCACUUGGCAAGCUAUUUGGGUCCCCAACCCUCCAGAGCUGAUUGGAUAAGAGCUGCAAGGGAGACGGGGAUUCCUUCCUGUUCCACUGAUGGAAAUCUGUCUGCUCAGCAACGCUUUUGGAUACAACUUUCAGUCAGUCACUAUAUUUGUAUUCUGUUCUUCUAUAUAAGUACACCCAAAAGCAAUUCACAGAAAAGUAGGAAAAACAAAGGGAAAUUGUAAGUGACCUGGAACUGAUAUUGUAAGUGACCCGGAACUGGUCUGUGACCGUAAUAAUAAAAUUCUAUUCUAUUCUAAAUAAACACCAGCAAUACAUUGCUAUACAUGUCAUUUCCUAUAAAAUACAAAUAACAUUAAAAUACUUAAUUUAAAGAAUCUCCAUCAAUGUAAACAAUUCACAAUUCAUUACGAACAGGAAGAGAGAAAAGGCAAGAGGCAAGAAGUGCUAGUCACCUCAUCAACAGAGCAACUAAAUAACUUUCUGCCUUGCUUCCAACCUUGGAGCUUGGAAAAGGGGCAGGAAUCACUAUGCAACUGCAAGAAUGUACCCUACCCAUCUCCAUAGCUCCAAAGGUGGAAGGAAUGCUGAUCACUUGCCAUGUUGACUGCAGUGAGAAGAAAAGUAGAAACUUCAUAAACCGCUUGCUAUAUGGAACAGCCUCUACUUUUAUAAAGAAAAGCUUUGACUAUUAAAUGUUGGAAUUGUCAAGGUUACAAAGUGGUUUAGUGGUUUACAAAAUGCUUUAGUGUACCCUAGUGCUAGGAGAGACAUAAUUUCCCCUAACCAUAAGUUUCUUUUGCGCCUUCUAACAUUAUUCUUCAAACUUAGCUACUUAAGAGUCUAAUUUUAGUUGGAUCUCAUUUUAGCUCUUCCUUAGAAAUCCUAAAUUCUUAAUGCCAGACUCCAGACUGGUUAACAAGAAUGUUUAUCAUUAUAUUUGUGUGACGUGGAGAUGAAUUUAUUUACAUGCUGACCUCAAUCAAGAAGAUUUUCAAUACUGUAAAAGUAAUUAGAUAUAUUAAAAAUGUAGAUGUGUAGCUCAAAUGUAUAUAGCCUUUCAUCCAUCUAACUCAGUCCAAUCCCUUAAGGAUAGAUUAUUUCAUUUCAUUCUUUAAACAAAAUAAAUAAAUAAUCCUAGCUAGCUAUGACUCUGUGUAAGUAUGUUAAUAAUGGAAGAUGCUCUGUAAUGCAGAAAUAAGUAUUUGUUUUUCUUCCAAAUGCAUUUAUAAUAUUCCACAAUCAGUUAGUUGCUCUUAAAAACAAUAGUGGGCUGUGAAUUGUUUAUACCAUUGUGUUGUUUUUUUUUAAAAAAAUAGGUAUGCAAUUUCUUAAGUUGCAAGGAUAAUUAUAUCAGCUAUUAUGUUCAUUUUGUGUCUCUUUCAGCUGUGUUUCCAGAGGAGCUUGGAACUAGUGUUCCUUUAACUAAUAUUGAAAGCAGAUCAUUAAUCUACAAGCCUUUGGAAGGAGAGUGGGGUUCCAGGACUCGUGAUGAUGAAUGUGAAAGAAUAAUUUCAGGGAUAAACCAGCUGAUGACUUUAGGUAAUGUGAAAGAAGGGGAAAAAAGUGUUUUUUUAUCAUUUCUAUCCAUUAAGAUAGUCUCACAUUCCUGCAUAUUUUUAAUUUGGCCUUCUGUAUUAAAAUUCUUCUCAAAACACAUACUGAAAUUCAAGUUUUUCAGUCCACUUCAUCUGUGGCAAUCAUUUCUAUGCCGGAAAAUGGCAUGCAUGAGAUGGACUUUGGAGAAAAUAUUUUUGUGUGUGUUGGUCAUAGAAUACAUAUAUUCAGUACCUUACAAGUAAAAAAAAAAGUCACUUCUACUUCACAUUCUUAUUGAAAGACUUGUAGAAUUCCCUCUUUAGCUAGGCACUCUCUCACUCAAAUUACUGCUGCACAUUAAGAAAAUUGCUUCCCUAUCACUAAUGUAGUAAUGACACCUUUGUUUUGUGUUUAGAUAUUGCUUCUGCUUUUGUGGCUCCUGUGGAUUUCCAAGCUUAUCCAAUGUAUUGCACUGUCGUUGCAUAUCCUACUGAUCUUAGUACAAUUAAACAGAGGCUGGAAAAUAGGUUUUACAGGUUUGUUUUAAGUUUAUUUUAUUGUUGGUGUUUCCAAAAAUGUUUGUGAUUUUAUAUAUGUUAGGGUAAUUUCCUGGGCAGCUUUUGCUUCUAGCUGAGCUGUGUACAGCACAGAUCAAUUACUGUGAUGUACAAUGAAAUGUCAAACUGUUGUAUAAGACUUUCUUGUCCUAUGGUUAAACCUUGCAAUGCUCCAGCCCACUGUACCUUGAUGUGGAUUGCCUCUUGUCUAAAGGAAAUCCUAAAUGGCUUAUGGGUCCCUUCUUUUCUUAACUGUUUUUCUAACUGAGCAAGUACUUACGUUAAAGCUGCUGUUCCUCUUGGAACUGCUUAAAAGGAAGCCUACAGGAGGUAUUUUUGAUUAUAAGCUCAUAAUUUUAUCUCUUUGAGCCUCCUGUCAUAACCCAAGGAACCAGAACCAACCAACACAGUAUUCUGUGAUCUCUUUUCUCUAGGCCAGCUGCACUGUUUUCUGGUCCUUUUCUGGGACUAAUUCAGAAUGUGGGCAUUGAUCUUUAAAACUCUUUAUGGCUUGGACCCAGGAUAAUUGUAGGGCUGCCGUAUGCAGAUAUAUGUACCUAUACAUUUGCAGUGGAGGGCCUGCUGUGAGUGCUGCUGCCAUCUGAGAUAAGGUGGGCAGCUACCAGAGCGAAGGCUCCCUCCGUGGUGGUGCCCCAGUUAUGGAAGACCUGUCCCCAAUGUGAUCCAUUAAAAUCUAAAUAUGUAAUGACUCCACCUAGUGGUCAAAAGCAGGAAGUAGGUAGGUACUAUACAGUGGUGCCCCGCAAGACGAAUGCCUCGCAAGACGGAAAAACCGCUAGACGAAAGGGUUUUCCGUUUUGAAGUUGCUUCGCAGGACGAAUUCCCCUAUGGGCUUGCUUCGCAAGACGAAAAUACCUUGCGAGUCUAGAAUUUUUUUUUUUGCUUUCCCCCCCCUUUAUCUAAUCUGCUAAGCCUUUAAUAGCCUUUAAUAGCCUUUUAGCAGCUAAUCCCCUAAGCCUUUAAGCCUUUAAUAGCCGCUAAACAGCUGAUAGCGCUAAUAGCGCUAAUCCGUCAAUGGGCUUGCUUCGCAAGACGAAAAAACCGCUAGACGAAGACUCUUGCGGAACGGAUUAAUUUCGUCUUGCGAGGCACCACUGUAAUUCAGUUUGCGCCUGCCUUGACUGAAGCAGUCAUGUAUUAAGCUCUCAUUUUUUUCUUCUUGUCAGGAUGGUUUUAUAUUUCUGACAAUUUGUCCAUAUUAUUAAUUUAGCCCUACUUUGAGAAAUGUGUAUCCCAAUAAUUGUUCCAGAAGCGACCGUCUUUAGGAGAUUUUGGGGAUGUGGGAGGGACAGAGAGGAAGGGUUAUCAGAAGUUUGCUUGUACAACACUGAACAUCACUCUUCGUUUCCAGGUCUUUACAUAUUUUGAACAAAAUUUCAAAAGUUAUUUUUUCUGUGAUACGCAUGUGUUCUUUAUUUCAAAGGCGACUUUCUUCACUUAUGUGGGAAGUUCGGUAUAUCGAAUAUAAUACACAGACGUUCAAUGAACCAGGAAGUCCCAUAGUUAAAUCUGCCAAAUUUGUCACAGAUCUGCUGCUGCACUUCAUAAAGUAAGCUAAUCAACAGACCCACAGUGCAUAUUGUGGAAAUAUCAUAAACCAGAGGAAUUCUUUACAUGCUUUUAAUCUAUAGUGAAUGUUAUUUAUGUUUACAAUGGGUAAGAGUGAACUAUUAAUUGCUAUUGUGAAUAAGAGAAUUCAUUUUUUCAGCAAUUACCACUCUUCCAGAAACAACUUUAUCCAUGGAAAUAGUGUGUUGUAAAUUCCAUUGUGGGCUCAUUUAAUCUUGUUCUCAUUACUGGAAGGCAAGGAAUUGGGAAUACAGUACGAUCGCAUCUUAUGCGUGAUUAAUUUGUGUGAUAUCAACUUUGUGUGGUUGAAAGCCGGGUAGUUGAAAUCCUGCAAAUUAAUUGCUGAAAGCUUAGAAGCUGCUUGUGCCUGGGGUUUUCCUGUUUUGUUUUGUUUUUGAGUAGAAGUGGCUUUGGAUAGAGAAGCAGGAAAAAUAUAAUCUGAGAAAGAUACAAAGAAAGACAAUGUUUUAUACUCGGCAUAUUCUUUUACAUGUUUAGAGGAGAGAACAUGGUUAACAUUACCAUUUAAACAGUAGGAAGGUUGAUAUUUAAAAUCUUUCUAAUGUUGGGCAGUAUUCCAUGCUCCCAUUCUGCUAGUGCAAAAGCCUUGUGAUAGCAGAAUGGAACUUUCUCUCCUCUCCCCUGCAGCUCCAUGCGCACCCUCAAAAUCAGCUCUGGAAAGUUGAUUGAAGAUUGGGGAGAGGAGAGGGAAUGGAAGCAUUGCACCAGGGAACUCUGCUGGCAUUACUUUGACUAUAAUCCAAUAACAUGAAGCAAUAAAAUUCUGUAUUGUAUAGACAUUUAGAUCCUGAUUUGGUUUUCCAUGAGCGUAAGGGUUCCUUCCAUUAAUAGAAGGGACUCUAAUCCAAUGGAGGCUCCCACUGGUGGAAGGGAGAGGGAAGAGUAUCUUCAGUUCCACCUCCAGCCCCCAGUGCUGUCUCCCAGGCUACUCUAGUGGGUCACCCAGUGAGCAAGGAGCUGCAGUGGAAAAAAGAACCAGCCAAAAUUGCUUCCUCCCACCAGCGAGUAUCCUGUAACUGGAUUUCUGCUCAGGAUCCAAGUUACUCUGUGUAUCUGUGGCUGCAAAUAAGCUCAUUAAUGCAAAGUGUUUUAUUGAACAGAGAUCAGACUUGCUAUGACAUAAUCCCACUGUAUAAUGCCAUGAAGAAAAAAGUCCUGUCUGAUUCGGAGGAGGUAAGCUAACUCAAUAUGUCAUGCAUCGACUUUUAUUUUUGGAUAAAAGUGCAGAAUUUGGAUUCUAGUUUACAAAGAAUACCUGUGUAGCUCAAAUUAAGCUAGGAAGAUAAAUUAUUGCCUGGUUAAUGUUCUUUAUGUUAGUAUAAGAAAACAUUAAUCAGAUCCAUAAAUUCUGAUAUAAUGUAAUUUAUAACUGUCCCUAUACGUGUGUUUGUGUGUGUGUAUGCUUGUGUUUUAAACAGUCACCGUUUUAAAAUUUGAGAUUUUGGAAAAUGCAUCCCUAUCUCAAUAUGAGCUAGUAAUAACUUUACAGGUAUUUGUGGGCCUUGUAUCACACACUGAACUUCAUGCAGGCAAGGAAACGACUGGAACUAGUAGCAGCAGUAACAAGCGUAGGCAGUGCCUGUGGCUGCUGUUUACAAAUGCUGGCUUCUUAAAGUGUAAAAAUAUUUUCAGACUUAUAAGUUCAUAAUAGAAAGGAAGUAGAAGUAAAUAAAUAAAUAUGAAGUAGUACCCAAAGUUAAGUAUAUUUCAAAUGCUUAGUAUUUCUGCAUCAUGUGAUGAAUAUUUUAUUGCCCAAAGGAAGAAGAGAAAGACAUUAACAUGCCAGGCACUUCUACUAGAAAGAGGAAGGUAAUAUUUGUUUUACAUCAGUGAUUUCUGCUUUGGUUAUGUGUGAAGUGGGAACAAACAAAUUUAAAUAAGGCCUCUUUGAUUAUGUGUAUCUUCAUGUUUAAUAUUAUUGAUUAUUUCAAUAAAUCUUAAAACUAUUGAUUUUCCAAAUGGUGGGUACCACCAGCAGCCCAUGGCUUCCUUCUCCUGAUUUUUUCCAGAUAUAUAUUAAAAAUUGACUGGGUUCAAUUCAAGUAACAGUGCAAGGCUUCAAAAUUUGAGAGAGGUCACAGAAUAUUUUUUCCUUCAGCAUUUUUCCACAAGGGGAUAAUCAGUUUUCUGUUUAAUUUGCAAGAACAGCUACUUAUUUGAUAAGCUGUAUUUAAUAUUGCUGUUCUAGGAUCAUCAGCCCAAACGGAGGUUACGUAAUAGAGCUCAAUCCUAUGAUAUUCAGGCAUGGAAGAGGCAUUGCCAGGAAUUGCUGAAUCUAAUUUUUCAGUGUGAGGAUUCUGAACCUUUUCGCCAGCCAGUGGAUCUUCUUGAAUAUCCAGUGAGUAUUUUGAAAAUAUGAUGUUCUUCUGAAACAUUUACCUUAGAAAACUGAAGUGGAAGAAUAAUGAUAAACAUUUUAUUAAGUAAAAGACAAUGAUGUUGAGUUUUCAGCAAAAUAUUAUUAUCUAUCUCUCUUACAGGUGUGGUUGUAUUUGGUAUUUCAUGCAUUCUGUUUGUUGAGGCUGUUCAUCUGCCAUACAUCUGAUUUGUAGCACAUUCAGAAAUUUUAGGCCUUUUUCCAUUGGGGGAUUUUGCUUAAAACACAGUAUAAGAUUUAUGGUUUUUCAUACUGGCUUGUGCAGUUAUUUUCUGCUUUUUCAGUAAUUAGUAAUAUAACAUUAGAUUGUUGAAAUCAGUUCAUUAAUAUUUCUAAACAUUUCUAAAGGAUUACAGAGACAUCAUUGAUACGCCAAUGGAUUUUGCCACGGUUCGGGAAACACUAGAAGCAGGGAACUAUGAAUCGCCAAUGGAAUUGUGUAAAGAUGUGAGGCUAAUCUUCAGCAACUCCAAAGUGUAUACACCGUGCAAAAGAUCAAGAGUAUGGCUUUGCAAUUUAUUUCUUGAUAUGUACUGAUGUUCUUUAAAUGUUGUGUUUGUUGCUAGAGAAGCGGAAUGUGUAAUUGAUUUGAAUAUGGACAACAAAACACGUCUCAGACGUUAAAUUUAAAGCAUAUUUAAAGAUAUAGUUGGUGUUACCUGAAAUAAUACCUUAUUUUGGGUCUUGUGCCUGUUCAUGGAGAAUCCUGAUACAAUUCAACGGAUCCUUAUUCCCUGCAUCUACCUAUUUUUCCUGCACUUGGGCAUGCAGACAAGCAGCGUGACAGGAAGGAACAAUAGAGUAGAUGUGAAGUCUGUGGCCCCUCUCCUGUCCUCAUCCAGUGUUCCCUCUAUCUGUGUUGGCUGCUUACAUUCUGACCAAAAGCACCUAUGGAGAGUACAAGGCUGGGUGAAGAACUGUGAACAUUCCUUCUAAUGUUCCCAUUGCGGUGCAUGGGAAACAGAGAAUGUGAUGCUGUGGAGCCUUAUGGGGAUCUUCUGUGCAGUUGAUCUUGCUUCAUGUGUCUGCUGAUUUGUGUAAACUACUAUGGGCAUCGUGGGACACGGGUGGCACUGUGGGUUAAACCACAGAGCCUAGGACUUGCUGGUCAGAAGGUCGGCGGUUCGAAUCCCCACGCCGGGUGAGCUCCCAUUGUUCGGUCCCUGCUCCUGCCCACCUUGCAGUUCGAAAGCAGGCAAAGUGCAAGUAGAUAAAUAGGUACCGCUCCGGCGGGAAGGUAAACGGCGUUUCCGUGUGCUGCUCUGGUUCGCCAGAAGCGGCUUAGUCAUGCUGGCCACAUGACCCGGAAGCUGUACGCCGGCUCCCUCGGCUAAUAAAGCGAGAUGAGUGCCACAACCCCAGAUUCGGCCACGACUGGACCUAAUGGUCAGGGGUUCCUUUACCUUUACUAUGGGCAUAAAUUUAAAUGUGAGACAAACUGUUCAAUUUUUUGUCAUAUUAAUACACUUUAAUAUUUUUAAUAGAUUUACAGCAUGAGCCUGCGCCUGUCUGCCUUCUUUGAAGAACACAUUAGUUCCAUCUUAUCAGAUUACAAAUCAGCCUUGCGUUUUCAUAAAAGAAGCACAAUUAAAAAGAUAAGGAAGAAAAGAAGCAGAAGCAGUUCUCUUUCUAGUAGCGUUGCAUCAAGGUAUGAUAGAGUUCUUCGUUCUUCCAAGUGCAAUAUUUGAAUGUUUUACAUUGGUGUGGCAGCACUUGUGGCUUCCUUUUGUUAAUAUUUUACACUGCAUAAAAAGAUAUUUCCUAGCUUACUCCCAUGCACAGUCCCAGGGCUAGCUUUGAUUCUUCCAGUCCAGUUGUCCAAGCUGCCACUAUCAUACAUGAGGCCACCUGACCCCUUGGUGUAGGAGUUGUUUUCUCCCUGCGCCCCACCCACACCCCAGCAUCUGAGAGAAUACAGUGGUACCUCUGGUUACGUACUUAAUUCGUUCCGGAGGUCCGUUCUUAACCUGAAACUGUUCUUAACCUGAAGCACCACUUUAGCUAAUGGGGCCUCCUGCUGCUGCCAUGGUGCCGGAGCACGAUUUCUGUUCUCAUCCUGAAGCAAAGUUCUUAACCCGAGGUACUAUUUCUGGGUUAGCGGAGUCUGUAACCUGAAGCGUAUGUAACCCGAGGUACCACUGUACAGUUAAUUCAGUAAACUUACUAACCAUAAGGGGAUACUUGCAGACCAGUACUUAAGCUGUGGUUAAAACUUAAAAGCUAACUGCAGUGGUACCUCGCAAGACGAAUGCCUCGCAAGAUGAAAAACGCGCAAGACGAAAGAGUUUUCCGUGUUUUGAGUCUUUCUGCAAGACGAAUUUCCCUAUGGGCUUGCUUUGCAAGACGAAACGUCUUGCGAGUUCUUGCGAGUUUGUUUCCUUUUUCUUAAAGCCGCUAAGCCGUUAAUAGCCGCUAAGCCAUUAAUAGCCGCUUAGCCGCUAAGCCGCUAAUAGCCAUGCUUCGCAAGACGAAAAAACCGCAAGAUGAAGAGACUCGCGGAACGGAUUAAUUUUGUCUUGCGAGGCACCACUGUAAAAAGAUACUUAAAAACCUAGACAUUAAAAAGGUCUUAGCUUGAUAAGCUUUAGACAUCAGACACAUUGGCUAAUGGAGAACAUUCUAGAGUCAUAGAACCACAACAUACAACGCCUUUUCCCAGUUUGUCACCCACCUAAUAUUCAGCAGCAGAAGCAAUCAAUUUCUACUGAAUAUUCUAAGACCUGGGCAGGUUCAUGUGGGAUUAGGCAGUUCCUUGGAUACCUGUGGCCCUAGCCAUUUAGGCCUUUAAAGGUUACAAUCAGCAGGUUUGUAAUUGCUGAAGAGGCAUUGAGAGAGAUGUGUGUGGGUGAAUUGGACCACAUAAAGACAAAAUGGCUCAUGGAUGAAAUUUGUUGAUAACCAGGGCCUAUUGCUAUUGCUUUACGCUAUAAAAUAUGAGUUGUCAGACUUCUCAUCUGUUUGUAGUCCGGACAGGAAACGAAAAAUAAUAAAACCACAGCUGAAAGCUGAACCCCCUGCUAUACCUUUGCCCCCUGCACCAUCACGUUCAACAUCCCUGAGAAACACUGCUGCUCAGAUGAAUGGAAAAGCAGAUGUGACUUUGGUCCGAACAAGGAGUACAAGGGCAGUAGCAGAAAUGGCAGUUAAUGAACAACCAUCUACUUCUUCAGGAGGAAAGCCUACAAUUGUGAAACCUAGUGCUACUGUUACAUCAGGUAAAUCAGGUGGGUAAACUUAUUAAUAAGUGGUGCAGAUCUGGAACCUAAAAUAUAAUGGCUUCCACUGCAGAUGCAACAUCACAUUUAUAUGUUCAUAUUCAGAUUAGGAAGACUAGGAACGCAAUCCUAAAUGGAGUGAGGUUGGGGAUGCAAAGGGGCAAUUUUACUGCCACUUCCAAAGGCCUGCCAGCGGGGGGGGGGGGGGGGGGAUGGGCAGACUUGCCUUUUUUCCUUCACAAUGUACAGUAAAAUUUUCAUUUCUGUCUCCUUUCCCAUUGCACAUUCCAAUGGAGGCAAAUUUAGUUAAGUCAGCUGCAGGCUUGUUGUAGAGAGAGGGCCUGAUUCCAGCACUUCUCUAAUGAAUGUAGGGGCUUUGGAUACUACCUUCCCCCCAAAUACACUAUUUUGGGGCCUGAUGCCAGCUACUUCUGGUCAAAGGACCAUUGCGGACAUGUCCCAAUGUUCUUCAGUAGCAGAGAGCCACGUCUCCUUCCAGACCCCAUACAGUCAGCAGAUUUGGGGGUUGUGUAAAUCAUGGAAGUAUAGAAAACCAUAGAGUGAGGAUAAAUGAGUGAAAUAAUCUUAAAUAGAACCCCUCAACAAUAUUUUGUUGAAAAUAUAUUUCAGAAGAAAUAAGAAGUGUAUUUAUUUGACCAACAAAUAUAUAGUAAUUGAAAAUCUUGUUUAAAACUUAUCUUUUGCUCUCUCUGUUGUCUCCCAGUACUAGAGGAUUCCACCAAACAUUCCAAGAACCAGAAUAUUUUAUCAGUCCAUAAUCAAACCAAUUAUACUCAUAACACUAGGAAUAAUACUGCAAGAGAAAAUGUAGAGAAGGAUAAACAAAUUAAACGUAAACCAAAAUCUUCCACUCUCAGCCCACAAGGUAAGCUUCUUGUAUUUUUAAAUGUUGGUUAUUAUGGAAUAUAUAAUAACUGGGGCUGCAGUUUUAGAUUGAUUAAAAGUAAUUUCCACCAAGUAACCACUAAGUAAUUUAUAAGGCAAGUUUUUAGUUUAUCAGUUUACAGCCCUGAUUAAUACUAGAAAAUUUUAUGGUGUUUUUGGUGUGUUUAAUCAUUCAGAUGAGUCUAAUUUGUAUGCAACUAAAUUGAGGCCUGAUUGGUCCUAUACUUAGGAUUGCUCUGCACUUAAUUUUUUAUUUGUUUGCAAAGGAGAUGGGUAAUGCAAGUCACUGACAUGUUACUCUGUCUUUAUAGCAGAUUGCAAGAAUAAUGUCAUGGCUUUGGCAUCAGGAAGCAUCCAGGUAAAUGGACAUGGGGGACAGUCUUCAAAGCCUAUGUUUAAGAGGGGUCCUGGACGGAAACCCAAGAUUGAAACAAACAACAAUAGUUGUGAAGUGGUGCACAAGAAAAGAGGGAGGAAACCAAAAAACCUAUUACUUGCUCAGCAAAAGAAUUUAGGGCAGAACACAAUCCAGACUACUAAAGACUUAACAACACCACCACCACCACCACCACCACCACCACCACCACCAGAGGAAGCAUCUGUUUCCACUGCAUGCAAUUCUCUCUCUGAAAAUAAUGUGAAGGAAGACUUGUUGCAAAGAAAAGGGCGUGGAGGCAGAAAGCCUAAAAGAAAGCCAGAGGCACAAGAGCCAGGAUUAGAACUUACGUUUUCUGCAGAUCCUAAGAUUCAGACGAGAAGCAAGAGAAAAAAGACAGAUGAACCUAUUGAAGAAGAGCAUGAAGAACUUAAAGAUUCUGAACCCCACAUGAGAACUAGAAAUCAGGGUAGGAGGACAGCUUUUUACAAUGAAGAUGACUCGGAGGAGGAGCAAAGACAACUAUUGUUUGAAGACACCUCUUUGACUUUUGGGACAUCUAGCAGAGGCAGAGUCCGCAAGUUGACUGAAAAAGCAAAGGCUAAUCUCAUUGGUUGGUAACCAGCAUUUAAAAAUGCUAAUAAACAGGUACAGCUGAGGAAGUGGUAGAACUAAGGAUAUCUGCUUUCUGCUGCUAUUUACAAAUGAGAAUACGUUCUGAUUUGGAAAAAGUAUAGCAAAAACAAACUGAACAUUUCUUUGAAAGAAGUAUGUAUUUUAAACUUUUGCUAUUUAUUGCCCUCCAAGUAGGUUAUACAUUUCAAUUCACUUUGUUCAGUUGGUAUUGAAGAUUGUAUAAAUGGAAAUUCUUGAUUUGCAGAAAUGUUACUGUAAUUUUGGACAGUCAGUAACCUCUAUUUGAUUAAAAUUGAUAGAAUUUUUAAUGUAACAGACUGAGAACAGAACUCCUAUUUUUGAAUGAGCAAGGUACAGUACAUUUGUAUAGAGUGUAGUAUCUGUGUUUUGCAGGAUAUUAGCAGAGUGUGGCAGUAAAUGCCAUUGAGAACAAAUGCAAAAUUCCAAACAUUGCUAAUAAGAUGUUUAAUUUCAGUAGUAAUUGGGCACACAGCUUUGUACAAACAAACCUAGUGCAGCUUGUUGGUUUAUCUAGGUUCAGCCAGAGAGAAAAAUCACACUAUGUAGAUAUAUAUAUCCACAUUGGAAAAAGUUUGACUAAUAUGUCUAAUUUUUCAGACCUUCAUUCUCGUAUCAAUCAAAUCUCUGUUUAUUGUGCCAAAGACUGAAAACCGGUGCAGUAGAAAAGUUUUUAGUGUCAGUGCAGCAUACAUUUUUCAAUUAUGCUUAUGAAUCUAUGUUCUAAAUAUACACUGUUCUGAAAAAUUAUCUCUACUGGUACUUUGUAGUAAAAACAAUUAAUGCACUGGUGGGAUCCUUAGGCAAAAUGUAUAAUUGGGUUAAAGGAUUCAAGGAAACUGCAGGAAAAGUGUGAGAUUCUUAUGUUUACGAUGCGAUCAGAUUGAUUGUUUAUACAAAUUGUGUUAAAACUGACUAAAAUUUUAAAAAGUGUCUGUGUAUGUAUAUAUUAUGUACACAAGCACAUAAAUAUAUACAAUAUUACCCAGGAAUAAUUUUUUUCAGGACUUUUUAGAUAAUACUAGAUAAAAUUUUAAAAUGUCAUACUUUUAUUUUAAGGGGAAGAUUGGUUAUUUUCAAUUAUUAAAGGUAAAAAGGCCAAAUCACUUUUUAUGCAAUCAUGUUUUAUACAGUGUUCUCAUUGCACAUUGUUUUUCUGCACUUUUUACAGUGUACUUAUCAAGCUGACAUAAGUCAAUAUAUACACCCUAAAGGAAAAUCCCACUUAAUGAUUGUGCCUUGUAGUCUAUUAUUUUGUGCAUCUUUAGUAAACUUAAGUUGUCUAUUGUAAAUGACUAUAUGACUUAGGGGAAUGUAUUGCUGUAUGUACUGCUAUGGAAAAAGAAACAGUUAUUUAUUUGUUUAUGGUACAUUUACUUAUUUUAUACCUUUAAAACAAAGUUUGUAUUAAAACAAACUUUAAUACAAUUUCUAUUGUUUGAAAGUAUAGUCCAGUUUAAAAGAAGACAAAAUACAUCUUUAAACAGUUGCAUGGUACAAAAAUGUAACCACACUUUGCAUUUAACACCCAUUGGGAGAAGUAAGCCUCAAUCUAGAGAUGCAGAUGUAUACAUACCUGUUCAGAAGAUAACUGCUGCCGGCAGCCUAGCUGUUUGGAGGGUAAGGAUCUGAAUAUAACCUCCCAUGCUUCCACUGGUGGGGGGGAGGAGAAUGUUAAAGGGGCUGCUUUUCCACCUCUCCAAACAGAUUAUUGGCUCUACCAUGUUGACAAAACACAGCUAAACCUUCGGUUACGUGAAUAUAAUACUGGUAACAACACACACAAAACGUCAGGCUGUUUGUGACUAUGUAACUUCUUUUUCAAAAACAAUUCAACAUGUAAUAUACAAUAUCACAACGUGUAAUUCCAUAAAUCAACAGAACAUAUUAUGAUAAAUUAAAGUCCAGUGGAUGGUCAGGAGAGACAGUCCAUUCAGUUAUUAAUUUGGCAAACAGGCAAUAACCACGAUAUGGUAUGCUUAUCCUGUGGUGUUCCACAUCUCGCUGCUUUGAGGAUUCUAGCGUUCUAGUGCUUCUUACAUGUAGAUAUCAGAUGGAAAGCUUGAAAGUAUGGCACGAUAAGGAUUCCGGGAUAAUACCUUGUUUCGCCCAAUCUGGCUUCGUCAGCCGUGCAUAUUCAUAUUCUUGUGUGCCAAAAACAUGGAACAUAAUAGGUAGAGUUAUGAGUAUUCACGGCUGACAAAGCUUGAUGGGGCGAAACAAGGUAUUAUCCCGGAAUCCUUCGUUCCAUACUUUCAAGCUUUCCAUCUGAUACCUACAUGUAAGGAACACUAGAACGCUAGAAUCCUCAAAGUAGCGAGGUGUGGAACGCCACAGGUUAAGCAUACCGUGCCGUGGUUAUUUCCUGUUUGCCAAAUUAACAACUGAAUGGACUGUCUCUCCUGACCAUCCAUUGGACUUUAUCAGAAUAUAUUCUCUUGAUUUAUGGAAUUGCAUCUUGUGAUAUUUUAUAUUACAUGUUGAAUUGAUUUUGAAAAAGAAGUUGCAUAGCCACAAACAGCCUGACGUUUUGUGUGUGUUGUUACCAGUAUUCACGUAACCGAAGGUUUAGCUGUGUUUUGCCAACAUGGUAGAGCCAAUAAUUUGGAGAGGUGGAAAAGCAGCCCCUUUAACAUUCUCCUCCCCCCCACGACCAGUGGAAGCAUGGGAGGUUAUAUUCAGAUCCUUACCCUCCAAACAGCUAGGUUGACGGCACCAAUUAUCUUACGUUUUGUGUGUGUCUACCAUGUUGGCAACAUUGACAGUCUGUGUUAAUAUGUAGUUUCCAGUCCGGGUUUGAGGACUGCAGGUGGAAGCAACUUCAGGAACUAUGUAUGCAACACAGCUAUGUAUGCAACACGAUACUCAAUUAGUGCACAUAUGUUGCUCGCAGUGGAUGGUGUAUGAGGUUCAAGAUUAAUAUGCAUCUUUUAUCCAUUUGUGUCCAUGGCAGUUGGUUCUUAAAAUGCAUUUCUGAUUUUAUCACAAAUACUCAUAAACAUCAAGAUAAUUCACUUUUAUUUGAAGUAGACUAAUCGACGUUAUGAUCAGGCCAGUUUAGAAUGUUUGGAGGCAGGGAAGAUUCUGUUUUGGUUGGUUAGUUAGUUGCCAUCACCAUCUCCUCUAAAUAACCCAUAUUGGUUUGGCUUUUAAGAAAAUAUCUUCAACUAAGAGUAUUUGCCAAAUCAUGAUUUACAGUAGAAUAAUAAAUUCUACUGGCACUAGUCCUCCUUGGAUACCUAUUUUCAUUAGUAUAUUAUAAUUAUGGGAUUUGGGACACUGACUUAUGUUUUUAAACAUGCAUUCUUACUAAUAUUGCAGACAUUAAACAUGAAAAUAUUUCAGCAGCCUAUGUACAGUGAUAGUUCAUUUCACAAUGGAAGCAUUACAGUAGAUUUAUCUUGUCCAUUUAAGAAUUUCACUGUUGAUGAAGGCAAUCAAUUUCAAAUGUGUGAUUUCCUUUUGUUAUCUGCAUUGUUAUAUAAAAGAAAUUGGCAAAGCAAACAUGAAACCCCAUUGCUGUAAGUUACUCCAUUUAUAACUAUGUCCCACUUGGCAUAUAUUUAUGUAUAUACUUGUAUACAUCAAGUAUGUGUAUGUAACGUUGGAGAAUGGAAUAGUACACAUCACCAUCAUAGUGUCUGAAAAUUACACAUUUCAGAACAAAAGAAUCGAAGUCUUAUUUGCAGUACACAAAUGUAUUGUUCCCCAUUCAUGAAUAAUUUUGUACUAAGAAUUCACAAGCUUAUUUUUUUCUAACAUUAUUUUGGUAAUACAUUUGUGUAGAAACACUUAAAACUGUAAUUGUGCUAAAUAUACUAUAUAAGUGCUGUAAAUUGCAUUGGUUUGACUUAAAUUACUGUCAUUGGUUAGAUUUGACCGAUUUGCAAAAAAUUUAUUGUACCAACACAGAAGAGCUUUUGAUUUAGCACAUUUUAAUAUAAGCAAUAAAUACUGGUUCACUAACUUUUGGAGGGAGAAACCAUAAUGAAAUGUGUUAUGGAUAAAACUAUUGAGAGCAAAGUAAUAUUUAUUUUAUGGCACAUUUACAUGGAAAAUACUAUGUAGAUACUCUUUCUGUUGGUAAUUACAGAUAUUCACACAAGCAAUUAUCUUACAAACUUGGCAGUAAUGAAAACAAAUGUAAAAUGCAGUCUACUGAAUACAGCUUCUGAUACAGAGCGGUCCAUUAGUUCCAUAAUGCUGAACAUUAAAUUACUUCAAUAUUAACCAGUGGUUACUAUACAGCGAUGUCUGAUAGCAACACAUUCCAUUUUCUUUGAUUGGGAAAUAAGUUCAUUUUCACUCCAGUAAUCAAUCCCUUGUUUGGCUAAGCGGGUUUGAAAUUUAAUUGUUUCCCAGGGAUUAAGCUUGAAUUACAUUGGUAUAAUACUGGGUACUGAAGAAAUGAUCUUUAUCAUUGUGGUAUGAGUAGCGAUGCAGCUUUACAAAACCUGUCUUCCUAUAGUACUGUUGUGAUGUAAACUUGCACAAAAUUAUUCGUACCAUACUGUCAAUUUUUUCCAUUUGUGGUUAAUUCAGUUGUUUAAUACUUUAUCUUAGUUUGGACUGAUCUUUGUAAAAUACCGAUUCAAAAGCAUGUAGUACUUCUCAACGUUUAAAAAUGAAUGGGGACAUAGUUUCAGUACAUAAGUCAUGUGCUGUGUUACGACUCUUUGUGAAAUACCAAUUUGAGCUUUCAGUUUCAUGAGCUUUAGUACAUCUAAAGUGAUAUUAAGACCCCAACCAGAACUCCAUACACACAGCUCUUAAGUGUGUUGAUUUCUGCAUAGAGCUGAUCCUACUGUGCUGAAGAAUCUGGAUCCUUUUCUUUGAAGCAAGAGCUCCUGGUGGUCUAUUUAAUGAAAGCUUAAGGCCACAAUCCAGUCGUGCCUUGCAUCCUCAGGGCAUGCAGGAGUUUCCUGCCAUCCAUCUCACCCACACCGGCCAUCAGACUUCCCACAACUGGAGAGGUGCACUUGUGGGACAGCUGUGUCCUAGUGUGUGUAAGGGACCGACUGGAUUGAGCCUUGUUGUAAAUUUUGAUGUAUCAAUCUUGCAUUUCAUGUUCUUGGACCUAAGCAUUCAUCUAAUAAAAGGGCUGUCCAGUUUCUGCUGUAAAUAAUGUACAUAUGUUUAUAAUUCAAAAAAGGUGUACAUUUCAUAUAUAGUGGCCAAGUCUGAAAAUUAUUUCUAAUAUAACAAAAUCUGGUAUUGUGUUUUUUUUUUAAUGUGCUAACUUUACAUAAUUACUCUUGGAAUAAUGGUGAAGCAGAAAAUUAUUUUGUUGCUCUCAUUUUCCCAUUUAGUUCACAACAUUUUGGAAUAAAAGGCACCCUCUGUUUCAGGAAGGUUACAUUUAUUUCAGGAUAUUUUUUGUUAAAGUACCGUAGAUGUGAGAUGGCAUUUUGAAGAUGGAAAUAGCAUAAUAUUUGCUGUUAUAAAGACCAAACCCCAAAUUUGCCUUAUUUAAAGGGUAAAUAAUUUAAGGAGCUAUUUAUAUGAAAAAUCAUUUUUCUUUUGAUACCAAAAAGGGAGCCAAAUGCUGAAUAUUUGAAUUUUAAAUAAAUGCAGAUAAUUGCUUCAGGAUAUGGUAUAAAUUUUUGUUCAUGAUAUAAUUAGUGCUGGAAAUGACUACACCUUUAAAGAUACAGCACCAAAUUUCUACACUUUCACAUAAGACAUUUAACAUGGUAUAUUUAUCUCAGAUGCAUGUUUUAAAAAGGAUAGGCUAUUGACACACAUUUUGAAGUUACAUUUUUGGACCAUUACACUGCAAAAAUUGAAAAGAAAGUUAUUGAGUGAAUACCUUAAAUCUUGCCACUUAAUGUUGAAACAUAUAAUGUAGUGUAACUUAAGGAAAUUGUCUGGAACAUCUAAUUUUGAAACUGACACAUUUUAAAGCUUUGCUUACUUUGUACAGUAUGGUGUAAAUCCCAAAAAUGUUCAUGUAACCAACAUACAGUUUUACAAGUUUAGGUUUUAUCAAGGUUAUUUUCUUUCUCUUCUGCUUUAUCAAGUUAUAAAGUGCAGUCUCACACCUGGAUGAACAGUGCCCUUUCUUUUUGUACAUAUUGAUCGAAACUUUUAUUGUUAUGUGAAACACUUACGUUGGUUUUGAUGAAUAAUACUUGGAAUCCUUUUAUACAAACUAGAAUGUAUGUGUAUGAAUUACUGUCACUGCAAUGUAGUAACUACAAACCUAUUUUUAAAUAAAUAGAAAACUCGUUUUUCUAAGC